GGAUCAGGGCCUGUCUUCCUACGGAGGGCUUCCGAUGCGUACUGUGGGCAAUGCCAGGUCCAGAGUACACAAGCUCAGCGCCCCCCCCUUCCCCCAUUACAAUAGGCCUGUCCCAAGCAGCAACCUCGCGGUCUAUUUUGGCCGACAGAAAACACAAGUAAAGGCGGAGGGAAGCGGGCGAGCAGCUUCUCCUUCCCCUUUAAGAGGCGGAGGCGAGAGAGUUUGCGGAAGGGAUCGCUCCGGGAGCGCAAGGCGAGUGGCUGAGCAAGUCUCGUGACCGCAGCUGACCCCGCCUCGGGUUCUCCCCCUCCUCGGCCCUCCGCGUUCCAUUGUGUGUGCGAGCUGCGUGCGUCCCCGCCUCUCCUUUUUCUGACCACGCCCCUUUUUUCUCUUGGCUCAUUUCCGGCCGCCGCCGCUCGCUUCCCUCUGAGGAAUCGGGAGAGUGAAGAAACAACAGCCGCCAUUUUGUUUGUGUGUGAGCGACUGAGGGGAGGGAGCGAACGAGAGGGACCGAGCUGGGCGGGUAGAGCCUGGGAGGUGGAAAAGCAACGACAGAGACCGACAGCCGCUCAGGGCCCCUGGCCGGCCAGACCUGAGGGAACCCGAAACCUCCGUGAUACACCCCCUACACCAGCCUCGCAGCCAGUAGGGGAGUACGCACUCCCGGCUUCGGCUAGUGACUCGGGACCCCGGGUGGACCCCACCCACAGCCUCUCCUGGCUACUGAGCCCGUUCGCGGGGUCAGGAGGCCGCCUGGCUCCGGUUUGGAAAGCUGUUUCUUUUCUCUGCGCCCCCCCUUCCCUCUUCCCCAGGUCCUACAUGGCGGACAUGAGACGGAGCCGCUCCAGAAACGCCUGAGGCAUCGCGUCUUCGGUUCCGAGGAGAGUCUUGUCCUCUCCGCAGACCAAGCGCUCGCAACCAUCCUUAUCCCCCAGGGAGGGGGAAGAGGCAGAGAGAAGGGGGGGAGGGGCCGCCGCCGCCGCCGCUGCUUUCUCCUCCUCCUGCUCUGGGAUCGAUCCCUCCAUCUGACCAGAAGGGGGGCACCCUGCUACAGAGAAAGAAAGGAAGAAAAGGUGGGGGCGCGGGGUGCGAGUCCUGAAGCCCACCCUCUCCAGCCCCCAUCCCGGGAUCUCUGCUGCCUCCAUCGGGACAACAACCCCUCCUCCGCCUCCUUGUUCCUGCACAACAAGAUGUGAAGCGGAGACUCCUGGGACUUAGCUUCAUCCUCCUCCUCCUUACGGCUCCCCUUUCUGCAGCCAUUAGUGACUGGCGAGAAAGGCGCAGGGGGAGUUGGGGACCCUCGGCACUCUCCGUCUGUGACCCCCUUCCCCAGUCCCUUUUUCACUAGCAGUGGGCAUUUCUCUCUCCCCCCCCCCUGCAUUGCAAGCUGGUUUUUGGAAGGAGAGGGAAGGAACUGCGAGCAGAGGAGAGAGAUUCUUUCUCCUUUUUUUCCUCCUCUCCUCCUUCGCCCGCCUCCUUGUGGCGAUGAGGAGGAGGAGGACGACGCCGAGGAGGAAGAGGUUGAUGGCGGCGGCGAAGAGGCAGCAGGAGGAGGAGAAGACGACGACCCCCCGGAGGAUGAAGAUGGUGGUGUUGGCGGCGGCGAGGAAGCACCAGCAGCCCCACAGCCGGAUUUAAUUCGAUUUGUAAACCCACCAACCCCGCAUAUUUGUGUUUGGAGAAGGGUUUGUUCUGUUCUUUUCAUCCUUGUUUUUCCCUGUGGGCCGGAGGAAAGACUGCUUCCACACCCUAUUUCCCAUCUCUGUCCCCCCUUAGUCGCUGCUACCCAGCAGAGAUAGAUCCCGAGGGGCAGAAAAAGAGGAACUUUGUCCCUUUCUUCUUCAGUUCCUUCUCUUACUGUUGUUCGGUUGAUUCCGGAUCCAAGAAGAAGGCUGACGACUUUGACGAACCCCAUCUUUAAUUUGGGCUCUGUUUGUCUAAAAAAGAAUUAAAAAUGGCCGAGAAUGUGGUGGAGUCGGGCCCGCCUUCAGCCAAGAGGCCUAAACUCUCCUCACCGGCGCUCUCUGUCUCUGCAAGCGAUGGCACAGGUCAGUCUCUCUUGCUUUUACCUCACUGCAUAUGGGUCCCUUCCCUUCCUUUCCUCUUAAAUGUCCCCAUGUUUUGCACAGUCUGUUGUCUAGUACCCUUCUUAUACUGUCUAUUUUUGCCUUUCUGUGUACCUACUUUUCUCUGCACCUUGCUGCAUUAAUCACAUUGGGUGUUUAAUUGCUGCUGCUGCCCUUUCAUUGAAGGGGCUAUAAGCAUGUCUGUGUUACUUGCUUGCCCGUUUCACUGUUCUGCAGCAAAUGAAACCUUUGUUAAAAAAACACCAACAAUCCUAAACUCUAGUUAUAGUGUAAAUCAUUACACAACUGUUAUCUACAUUUUUGUGCAUGUAGAGUCCUGAUUUUUGUAAAAUCUUGCUUUUUAAAGAUGAGGCAUUCAGUCUUGAAUUUUUUUUUUUGCUCUGAACAGUAUUAUGAUGGAUAGUUUGUUUCCUCCACCAUUUCUUUCAUAACCACAAAGCGUUCUUAAAUGCCAACAUUUCUGUUUGGUCAAGAGUCGUAAUAUUAAUUGGCGAAUAAUGUUUGUAUUGACAUUUUGUUAAAUAGUUCACCUGAUUUGCCUUGAGAAACUAUGGAGCCACCUUUUUCUUUUGCAUCUUCUACUUCCUUGCUUUGAGACCAAAAUGUCUGAAAUUCCCAUAUAGUCUCUCUGCGUGUGUGAGGAUGAGUACAACUAUUCUUAACUCUUCUGUCUGUAUUUUAAUAUGAUAUUUCUUGAGGUUCGUAAAAGCCAGCUAGUUAGAACUCUAGAACGCCUUAGAAAUUAUGGAUGCAAGUUACAGGUGUUCAUUUGGUAACAAACGUUUACUGGUUGUUUUAGAAGUUCAGGGAACUAAAUCACUGUAGAAUGCAACUGGCUAUACAAGUACUGGUAUUGCUUUUCUGAAGGUAUAGGUAUGGGGAGUAAGUAAUCAAACAGUGCAGUAGUUCUUAACUUACUUUAUUAGAGGAGAGGAGCUCUUCAGCCACAUAUCUGGGCAUUGUGGUUACUGAUGGUAGCCAGUUUUGUACAUUGAACUUGUUAGCACUACUUCAUAUAUGAAGUCGGGGGGGAAAUGGCUGAUAUUAUUUGAUGCAUAACAAGUUGUUUUCAUUUUCUUGUCUUUUAGUUUGAAUACUGGUUGGUUUAGCAUAAUUCAGAAAGCUGUUUUAAGCAUUUGGUGCUGAGCAAUGUUUUUUCUUGAAUCCACUCUCCUUAAGAGCACUGUAGUAAGUUUAGGAACUGGAUUUCAAAUGAAGCAGCAUUAAUUACACCAUUUAUUGGGAUAUUGCACUUACCUGAAAAUCAACAGGUUCCAUUGUACUGGUAAGCAGAAUUAGAAGCUCUGGCCAAAAAGCAAAUACUACAUAGGUAAUGCAGUAUAUACUCAUUUCUGCAUACUGUGCUACAGAGUGGUAUUUAGAUUCAUGUCAGGUCAUUCUCUUAGACAGAACGAAGCUAUGUAGUUAAAUCUUAAAGCCUGCAACCCUAUGCACACUGUAAGAGUAGUUUUAAUUUUUGAGUGGGCAUGCCUGUGCUUAAAAGUCAGUGCAAUCUUGCACAUAUUUACUCAGAAGUAAGUCCUAUUUUGAGAUUCCUAACCAUGUCUACUCAGAAGUCUUAUUGAACUAAAUGGAGUUUACUCCCAGAUUACAGGGGUUAGGAUUACAGUGCAUAUGCUCAAGAUUGCAUCCUGUAUGUAGUUGUGUUCAGUGAAUGAUUCCUUUGCCUAUGAGAAUUGCAUUACUCUUAAUAUCCAGUAAGCAUAUUUUAGUUGUUUUGUUCUUUUAUAAUACUGGUAAGCUAUCGCAUAUCUUCCUACCUUAUUUGAGAAGUAUACUAGACAAAUCUUAGUGUCUUGUAAUGGUUACUUGGUUUGUUUACUAGGCUUGUUACCUCCUUUAAAAAGGUAAUUAUUGACUAGUAAUAAAUGAUCUAUAAUGCCUAUUUUGAUUGAAUCCUCAGUGAAAUACUAGUCAACUGGAGAUGUUAAGUGUAACAUUAAUUUAGCCGUGUUUGGAGAAAUGCUAAGUAUAUUCAGCAUACUGCAACCAGGGCUAGUCAAAUUUAAUCUCCAGAAGUACUUUAUCUAGAGGUUAGAUUGUCAGAUACAUUACUUCAUAUUUAGAAUGUGGAAAUAUGAUAGUUACUCUUACUUUAUGUGUUCAAAAUAUGGACAUGCAGAGAAGUAAUUUAAAAUAUACUAACAUGUGGUAUGGUAGUAAACCUCAUUUUGGAAACAAACUAGUGGUCUUCCCCCCUAUAAUGCUGCGUCACAGUGCUGCAUCUUUUUCUAGCUAAUAGAAGCCCUAGCUGCCUUAUUUCUGUGUUCUUGUUCUGAUGCCUUAAAACAUAAUUAAUACAAGUUUAAAAGCAUAUAUAGUUGUAGAAUACUUCAUAUUAAUGCUGAAAUCAUUAGAGUAUAUGGAGAUAUUAAUGUUGGAGAAAAAAGACUGUUGAUAAAUAGAAACAUUUCUAGAUAUGUCAUUGCCAUAAGAAUAAAGUUGGCAAUUUGUGCAGCUUUUCUGUCUGUAUGCUGAACAGCAGUAUUAUUGCUUAGAAUUCCCACAUUGCCUGUAUUGACUGCUAUCAGAACUCCGGAAUACGGUGCUUCCCCCUUUCCUCAAACAAAUGAGUUUUGCUAUAGUAUUAUUAAUAGCUUUCAUAUUGAGUGGAAGGAGAUGUCUUUUCAUUAUUUGAUUAUAACAAAGUUGUGUGGUCCUGUAUGAGCUCAGCUGAAAACACAGGUUAGAACACAACACAAGCAUGUGCUGCAUUGAGAGAGAACACAACUACUGUAUGCCAUAUCCAUAAAGUAGUGCAUUGUGUUAUGAAAGCUCUUAUUAAACCUACAGUAUAUCUUUUAAUUUAGUUGUGUUUUGUGAAAUGAAAUACACAUUUGAGAAUUUUAGUUAGUGUAAACCUAUAAGGUUGCAUUUCAGUUGUCUUUCUGAAGGUUAGGUAUGUAAAGAACUCUUGAGUAAAAAUUGGAAUAUCAUCCAGAUACAUACAGUGCUGAUGUUGGGAAAUGAGGCAGAAAGUAGGUAAUGGACCUGCAUUUUAAACCUGCUUCUUCUGUUUGGUAUGUGACUGAUUUUACAGACUAUCAUUUUACAGAAACAAUUUGUUACUGUCAUCUUGGCUACUUUGCAGCAACAGGCAAAACUAAAUGUGUGCAGUGUACAUUCAGAAUAGCUUUGCAGGUACACAGCUAUUCAGAUUCUAUGUCAGGACCCAAAUAGGUGCUUUAGGCAUACUCAAGGGCUUCGUGGAAUUUUUUUACUGCACCUAUGUGCUUUUGAACUGUCCCUCAGUUUCAAAUCGAUUUUGGAAUGGAGUAGGAUCUCCUUUUUGAAAAACACAGAAACCCCUUACCUUUGAGAUGUAUUAAUUCCAGUAUCAUAAAUCCUUGUCGUUAAUCUCAUUAGCCUUACUUUUCUGUUUGUGCAUUAAACUUCUUGUAUGCUUAUUUCUCUGUCUGUGUACCUAAUUAGAAUUAUUAUUCCGAUCUUCAAAAUGUAUAGCAUUAUACUCAGUCAUGUUCAAAGUUGUGCUUUUCUUCUGACAAAUAAGCAUACUUUCAAAUGACUGAAGUAUGAUUUGUAUUUCAUACUUAAUUUGGUGUAUGUGUGCCUAAUUUGGAACAAAUCACUUCAAUCAUGCUUUUGAUAUCAGUUCAGAGGUUAUUGGAAACAGUAUAUCCCAGCUGCAAAAUCCAUAAGAAUGAGCUGGAAAAGGUAGAACAAAAUGGGAAAGUUUAGAUGACUGCAAAGUAUAAGUUAUUUAGUAUACGUUUUAGCUUUCUCUGUGAAAGAUGGGAAUAGAAAGCUACUGUAAACUAAUAGUUACUAUUGUACCACUGGCAACACACUCACACACACAAAUAAUGAGCUGUAGUGCAUUUACCAACCUUGUGUAUAAGGAAUAGUUGUUCAUCUUUUUCUUUCUCACUCCUUUGGCACCAAUGCUGGUAGUUCCCUUCAUGUUAGGAGAGUUAAGACUGCAGGUAAAGUGGAUAGUGGAGGAGACCAAUCUCUGUACUCCUCUUUACUUCUCCUGUUGCUUUCACCACAUAGCAGGAAUACCUUGCCAUUGUCCUUGGGAUCAGGAGCACUGGGGAGAGGUGGCAGAGGGUUCUUGUCUUUCUUCAUAGCAAGCAGUUGAGCCUAGAGACAAUUUCCCCAGUGGUGAAUACCUUUGACCUGGGAGCCCAGCAGAAAUGGUGGUAAUAAGCCAUGGAGCUUUAGUUUCGGACUACAGACAUUUGGCCAUUGGAAAUAGAGCAAGUAGUUCUGGCAGAAUUAUAAUAUUUUUAUAAGCAUUUUAAUGUCCAAUGUUCCUUACUGUUUUCUAAUGAAGGGAGUUGAAAAAUGUAAGCUAGUUUUAUAGAGUGUAGCUCUUGAUGUCCUUAUUUCAGUGUGCAUGCAUGUAUCACUGGAUUUUAGCAAUUGUAAGGUAACUAUUAAGCAAUACAGAAGAAUACUAAGUUGCAAUCCCUGAAAACUCACAUAUCGAAGUAAGUGCCAGUGAAAUCAGUGGUGCCUUAAUGCCAAGUAAAUAUGAUUAAAUUGUGCUUCACAACACUAUUAAAUUGUGGCACCGUAAAUAGUGUAUCUACUUCCAAAUGGUGGAGUCCCAGUGUGUUUCAAACACUUAAGACUGCUUUUUAAAGCUUUUUACAUCAUUAGUAUCAUCAGUACUAUCAUGUCAUCCAAACAAAAGCUAAACAGUUUGCAGAUGGGUGCAGACUAAUUGUUAACAAGUCACUAGAAAUAAUAUGUUUGACAGACUUUCCUAAACCAAUCUCAUUUAUCACUGAUCAAUACUAAUACAAAAGUUUAUACUAGACCCUGUAGAAAACAUAUAUUUCUAAGUAUGUUGUAGGAAUUGGAAGCAUUCAAUACUCUAGGUGUAUAAAAUCAAACUAGUAGCUGCAUAAAUAAUCAGAGCGAUAUGCAUUGUAGGUGAAGCAUCCCUCCAAAUAAAAUAAAACACUGAGUUUUGGAUCACAAUGACAAUUCAUCUGUAGUAUGUGGAUGAUUGAAGAACAAGCUUCUACUUACUAAGUUAUAUUUAGUGUUAAAGCAUUGGUUUUGCAAGGGGGCAGCAAAAUUUACUUAGUUGUGGCACCUGAAAGACUAAAGUUGCAAUAGACGCUCAGCACUACAUCAGGUGCUGCUGGGCAUUGUGAUAAAUGUUUAAAUGGCUCAAACCACCGGGUAAGCUUGUUAGGCAGCCCACCAGAGCUGGUCCUGCUGUAAUCCUGAACACAUUUGACUGUAAGACAUAUAAUUGCACAGUAAAACCUGUUGUCCCAUAGGCUUUUAUAUAUCAGAGCCCACUUUAUGAAAUGCAUGGUAUUAUCCUUAGUUGUCAGAUAUGUAGUAGCCCUAGAGAUGUAAGAGUAGGACCAGGAGUCUUAUCAAAUUUCCAUGCUGAGUUGAAUGUAUAUGCAAGAAGCUUGCUGAUAAGUUAACAAUUUCCUGAUUAGCUCUUCAUUAAGAGCUUAGCAGUCAAUUUAUAGUUGAUGUAAAAAAUAAGUUUUUUGGGGGGAAUCUAGAAAAUACAAGUAACCUCUCAUUGCUCUAUGAUUGGGGAGCUUAAAAAAAAACACUUGAGAGAGAAGCAAUAGGCUUCUGCUUUGUUUUGGUGUAACUUCAGAGGAACAUACUGAAAAAUCAUGUCAUUUGCAUAGGAGAUGCUCGAAUCUGGGUUCUGUUCAUAGAUUCUAAAUGACCAAAGGCAAAACAGAACUUUCUGAGGUUUUGCUGUUGACAUCCAUAUCUUUCUCCCCUUAAAGAAUAAUGUGCAGGACUUUGCUUGAACUCAUCCCAAGAACAUGAGAAGUUAUGGGUCAUUUGUACUAGUUUCAAUUCACCAGGUAAUCAUAAGCAGUCUUGUACAGCCUUUGAACAAGCCCCUUAUAAAAGUAGUUUCAAGGCUACUUUCUCUUAAGGCAGCUGCAGCUACUGCAGGCAACUAGUUAGGGUUUGGUUCAUAGCUUUCUCUGAGUCUCAGCCUCUUGUAAAGGGCAGUGUCUUUGGAAGGAGCUGUUAUCUCCUGUUGGUAAAGACUUGCAUGCAUGGACUGUCUGCAGACUAGUCACUUUCUUAAUUUACUGGGACUUGAUUUGCAAAAAAGGUACUGACUGCAGAGCUCUCUGCACAACAAAGCAGGAGUCAUCUGGUAUAAAGUACUAGCUCUAACUUAGUUUGGUUAGCACUGAAUUGAACAUAUCCAGUAGAUUUAACUUUUAAAGGAAUAAACUCAUGCUGAGAAGUGUAAUGAAAAUUUUUGGUUCUGACUUGGCAUCUAAUCACUUGGAGGCAGGUCCUAGUCACCACCAGUGGCAGUAACUCACUUUGUGAUAACUGGUGUUCACUUGGGGCACAUUUAGUGUCUCACAUGAACUUGCCCUUUUCUGAGCUUCCCUGCUUUCUGAAAUGAGGUUGUUGGCGAUUAGGGAAAGGGGCAUGUUUUAUAUGUGUGCUACCAUGUAUAUGUGCAUUGCAGAACCCAGAAAUGACCCGGAAACAUCAUAAAGAUGUCAUUAAAAGGGUGAGGUGGAACGGGUUGUUUGCAGGCUUUGUCAAUAGGUUUCAGUUAUAUGCAGCGUGUGCAGUGCCUCAGAAUGUAACCCCCGCAUAAACAGUGGACUGCCUGUAAAGCAGUCAAAGUUGCAGGAUGGUAAUGAAACAGGAAAGUGACCCAUAGUUAUUAGUUGCAUUUCAUGGCCUUUUGGCGCUACUGUUCACAACUUUUCCUCUCUGGCAAUUACGUAUAAUUGGUAUAAUUGAGGAUAGUGUUUCACGAAUCUAAUGAAGUAGGCUCUGGUUGUUGGUUGCAACUAUGACAGCACUACCAUGAAAUAAUAAUAAUUUAUACCCCACCCAUCUGGCUGGACAUCCUCAGCCACUCUGGGCGGCUUCCAACAAAAUAUUAAAAUACAGUAACCUAUCAAACAUUAAAAGCUUCCUUAACAGGGCUGCCUUCAGAUGUCUUCUAAAAGUCUGGUAGUUGUUGUUCUCUUUGACAUCUGGUGGGAGGACGUUCCACAGGGCGGGUGCCAUCACCGAGAAGGCCCUCUGCCUGGUUCCCUGUAAUUUGGCUUCUCGCAGUGAGGGAACCGCCAGAAGGCCCUCAGCGCUGGACCUCAGUUUCUGGGUAGAACGAUGGGGGUGGAGGCACUCCUUCAGGUAUACUGGACCGAGGUCAUUUAGGGCCUUAAAGUUCAGCACCAACACUUUGAAUUGUGCUUGGAAACAUACUGAGAGCCAAUGUAGGCCUUUCAAGACUGGUGUUAUGCGGUCUCGGUGGCCGCUCCCAGUCACCAGUCUAGCUGCCACAUUCUGGAUUAGUUGUAGUUUCCGGGUCACCUUCAGAGGUAGCCCUACAUAGAGCGCAUUGCAGUAGUCCAAGCGAGAGAUAACCAGAGCACGCACCACUCUGGCAAGACAGCCUACGGGCAGAUAGGGUCUCAGCCUGCGUACCAGAUGGAGCUGGUAAACAGCUGUCCUGGACACAGAAUUGACCUGUGCCUCCAUGGACAGCUGUGAGUCCAAAAUGACUCCCAGGCUGUGCACCUGGUCCUUCAGGGGCACAGUUACCCCAUUCAGGACCAGGGAGUCUUCCACACCUGCCUGCCUCCUGUCCCCCAAAAACAGUACUUCUGUCUUGUCAGGAUUCAACCUCAAUCUGUUAGCUGCCAUCCAUCCUCCAACCGCCUCCAGACAAAUACAUGAUUACAAAAGAAAGAAUUAUUGCAUCCCCAAAUGCUUGUGUGGGCUAGAUGUAGAUUCUGGGUCUGAAAAGAUGGACGACUACUAGCUAGUCAACGUAUGCUGCAAUAGAUUUUGUUUCGGUUAUUUAGGAACUUUCUGCUAUCUUUUACUUUUCUGAAAACCAGCAGUCCUAAAGAUUAACUUUUGUCUGUUAAAAAAUAGGCUGAAUAAAAACAGCCUGAAAGGAAACUUUGGUCCACAUUUUGAAUUGCUUCUGUGCUUUAACCAGUUUGCCCCAUACCAUAUUUUCUAUCAAAAAGGUGACAUUUCUUGGAAGAGAUGUGUUGGAUGGGUUCAGAGGUGGGAAAUAUUUCCUGAGAGCACUUCAACUUCUUGUUUGUCUAGCUUCUUUGAUUUUUCUUUCAUAUGAUUGUGUCCAAAAUAGACCUUGGAAGUACUGUGAAACUGCUAAAUACUGUAUUUGAAGAGAAAUGCAGAAUUUUAACCCUUCUGCUUUGCUUGGAAACAGAAAUCUAAACUGAAUAUAUUUUACUUUGUCAUGCAACAUAGCACAGGAAUGGCUAGAAUUUUGAAAUGAGGCUCUUUUUGUUGUUUAAGUUCAUUUUAUUGAAAUAUAGAAUGCUGGAAACAAUAGCAAAACUGCAAAAAGUUUAUUUUCAUGUGAUCCUGUGUAUUGUAUUGCAUUGUAACUAAUUGGACUUCAUUCUGAAAAUUAAGCUCCAUUGACAACCAUAGGAAAUCCAAGUAAAUAUAAUUAGGAUUGGAUUAUUCUAUCCUCAGUUGCGUAAGCAACAACUAAAUAUUCUACCCAAAUAACAAAUCUGAAUGAUGUGCCAAAUAUAUUUUCAAUUUGUCCAUUCCCUUAUUCCAAGUUCAACCUGCACUCAGAUACCUGAGGUGAAUAUUUCCUGGGAAAUACAGUCGUACCUUGGUUUUCGAACAACUUAGUUCUUGAACGUUUUGGCUCCUGAAUGCAAACUGUUGUGUUUGUGAACUGUUUUUGGAAGCCAAAUGUUUGACGUGGCUUCCGAUUGGCUGCAGGAGCUUCCUGCAGCCAAUCAGAAGCCUCACUUUGGUUUCUGAAUGUUUUGGAAGUUGAACAGACUUCUGGAACAGAACCUUUUAAAUUGGCAUUAAAACAGCCUGAUUUAUUCAGUGGUGGCUAUCUAGUCUUUUAUAUAUUUUAUGUGUUUGGGUUAUCAGUGUAUUUGGAUGACUUUAAACAAUAAAAUAAUACAAAUCAUAUACUUAUGCCAAUAAAGGCCAAGAACAACAAAUAACAGCUAAAUUUAGUGUUUAAAGUUAGUUGUUUAAGUUUUAGCUGUUACUGAACUGAAGCCGGAUGGAAAUAGGGCUGUAGUUUAUUUCCAGUAUGAUGGUUUUUAGUAUUGGGAAGCUCAUGCUUUCCACCAUUUCAUGAAUGAAAGAAACAUCCUAACCAAUAUGAGAGUGUUUUCUUCAAGUGUGUGUGAAGAGCCAAAGAAAGCUAUUCAUGUACAUCAAGGAUGGGGAACUGGAUCCAGAUGAAUCUUUAUCUCCUCUGCCCCUGUGGGUCGUUUGCUAGAUGGGUGGGAUCACCCAUCCUUCAGUCACCUGACAUCAGUGUCAGGUGACUUGCUUUUGCUAUAGUUUGAAAUUGAAUCUAAUGGAUUUGGGUGCAGUGCUUUGUGUCAGUGAUCAGCUAAUCAUCUGAUGGCUUUGAUCACUGGUGCUUGCAAAGUGCUCUGCAUGGCGGUUUGCAGGCACUGCGGAUAGGCACUGCCUGCACCCCCCUUCCACCACAGCUUGACCUUUACCUGUUCCAAACUUGAGUUCAUAUACAGCAACUGUGGCUUGACUGAAAUGGUCUUGCUAGCCUGGGAGGCUUAACUUUGCCUUGGUUCAGUGGUUCCUCACCACAAGUGUACAUUAAAGUAAAGAAUGUUGACAACAUCAUUCAUUGUGAUUUAAAAUUGCAUUAAUAUUUUUGUGAAGAAGCAACACACCUCAGCAGGUUCUGAUUAUUUGAACCUCCAUUAAAAAACAACAACAAAAACCCCAAACCCUCGCUGUUCUUGCCUAGAACUAACGUGUCCCUAAAAGAGGAAACCAUAGCACUGGGAACUAAUCGUUUUCAAAAUAACUGUUGGCAUAUAAUGGCAACCCUGUAAACUGCUGUCCUCAGUGCAGUUCAGUACUCAUCUGGCCUCACAGAAACACACAUUCUCCAUUCUAUUAGAGUGCAUGUUUGAUAUGAUCAGUUUAAGGUUCAACCUAAAAAUUCCCACAGUUUUAAAAUCAGUUGUAAGAGGGGGGAAAAACCAAAUCAGGUGAACCAAACAUUCAUAUUGCAGUUUCAGAACACCUGGCAAGUAAAUGAUAGGUUAAGAAUAUCAUAGGACUCCUGGUUAAUUGAAUACUAAUGAAAGUGUUAAAUCUCUAGAAAAAGGUAUAACCGUUUCUUAUUUUCUAAUCCACAUUUUAUGGAUUUUUUUGUUUUUGUUUCUAUAGUUCUAAACAUGCUGAAAAUGUACACUUUCCACUCAGAAUGCUAUGAGAAGGGCAGCCUCUGUCUAUUGUAGUAAGAGGUUUUAAAAAGCCCUCAUUGCAUUGUGUUUUAUAAUAGAAGUUCGUAUUAGCUUUUCUCUUUCUUCACUUCCAAAAUAAAUCAGUUGUACUUUAGAGUGAGAUAUACCUUAGAAUGCUGCCUUUAAAAAGUUGCAUGGCAUUGUUGGGUUGCUUGCCUUGCAGUUUCUUUGGGUGUGGCAGAUAUCAUUUGUGUUUUUCUUUAUUUCUUCCUUGUUUGCUGAAGGAUAGCAUAAUCCAUGCGCUCCAUAGUGAGAUGUUGCUGCAUGUGUGUAUGCUGACUCCAAGGACUAGAACCCUUCCGAUGUUGUUGAACUACAACUUCCAUCAGCCAAGCAAGCAUGGCCAAUGGCCCAGGAUAAUGAGAGCUGUAGUUUGGCAACAUUUGGAGGGCCCAACAUCUGAAUGCCACUAGCAUUUGCAUACUGCUCAUAGGGGUUAGCACUUCGUAUGGAAAACUCCAUCAAGCACGGUCAUGUCAAAGCAGGCCACUAUGUGGCAAAUACGAGCAGUUUGCAUUCCUCACAGGUGUUCCUGCUGUCUAUGAACUGCCCUCUCAAGAAAGACUUGCACAUGGGAGCAGGGAAUGUAGAUGAGAAUGCUAAACUAGAUUGGGCCUGGUUUGCAGAUAAUGCUAAGCCAAAUUAACAUAGUAAACAAUACCAUAAUCACAGGUGUCGCCACAGAUGAUCGGGCAAACAUUGGCUUGUUUUCCCCCUGCCUCCUUGCCUGCUUUGUUAGAGAAGAGGGACUAGUUUUCUUUCACAGGCAAGAUUCCAUGAACUGGACACUUGUCCUCUGGAAGGAAGAAUAGGACUUUGUAUGUGUGUUGGUGGGUUUUGGUCCAAAGGGAAAUCAUUGAGUUGCUGCUGCUGGCAUUACUUCACCUAUCUCAUCAUUUCCAAUGUAGCCUGAAGUGUCCCUCCUCCCCUUUUCCUGUUUAAAAUUGGGACUUUCUGAUAUGCUUAGAAUAUAUCCAAGCUGUAAGCCCCACUAAACUUACUGGAGUUUACUUCUGAGUAGACAUGUAUAGUAAUUUAGAUAGGAAACCAUAGAAGCAGAGAAGCAGAGAAGAAAGAAAAUUAACUGGGGGAGGGGAAAAGUAUCCAUAAAAUGGCAGCUUGUGGACAGAAUCUUAAGAUAAAUUUAUCUAUUAUUUAUUAAAUUUGUAUACUGCCCUAUACCCACAGGUCUUAGCGCGGUUCGCAGGAUAAAAACAGAAUAUAACACCACAAAAUGCAUAAUCAAAACAAAACAACCCAAGGGUAGUUUUCUAUGGUAGUUUUCUUUUAAAAUAAUUUUAAACGCCCCAUGCUCACUCGUGCAGGCAUGACUUUAGAAUGUUAGCAACAGGCUUUUAAGCUUUGUAAACAGUAGACAAUGAGUGAAGUGCGGAAAGCUGGUCGUAAUGAGAAAUAAACACUGUUUAAAUUUUUAUCUCCACUCCACAACUCUUCUGUGAAGUCAUGGUGGGUCAGAGCAGACAAAGUUCUGUUAAGGAAUGCAAUUUUAUUAAUAGUUGCCAUAACGCAAGUUGCUUUAAGAAAUCUGGAGGUGGAAGAAUUGUUUGGGGGGAAAGGACCAUGUUACCAGGGAGAUCUAGCAGUGACAUCAUUUAUACUCUUACUACUGUCUCUGUACCUUUAUGUGGAACAAACAACCACACUUAAACCAUAGUCAAAAAAUUGUCCUGGUUCACAUCUCUAAACUAGAGAUGCAGAACUGGAUGUGGCUGGCAGGUUGGCUCCUCAAUUCUCCCACUUCUCACAUGCCAGCUUUGACAGGUAAGUGGGACCAGUUACGGCAAACCCUUUUGAAAUCCCAUUUGCUGGCAAAGUUUGCAUUCAUACUGCAUCUACACAUGGACAUUUCUCCUCUGGAGACAUCAGGUGUGGUUUGAAUCCAAGUAGUUUUGCAGAUCUCUUGGGGCUGUCAGUGAGCCCCAUUUGCAAAGGAACAAUUGGAGCCACAUACUUUCCUUAUACUAGACAUAGCAUAUGAUUUCAGUUGUGGGGCAGAUAGACAUGGUUAGGAGGAAAUGGCGUAGAAUCAGGACACACUGGGCCUAAUCGGCUCAUGGGCCAGAGAUUUCUCAUCCUUGCUCUAAAACAUAGUUAAUGUCAGGUGGCCAACCAUGGCUUAUUUUAUUUGAGGAACUGGGUCAAGUUCACACAUAAUACUAAACCAUGAACUAAUAUGUGUGAACCAGGUAAUUCUCUCACAGAAAUAUGGAAUAUCUUUUAUAGUACAUACUUUAUUGAAAUAUCAAAUUGCUGAACAGUACAGUAUGUUGAACAUUUCAAUUUCAUUUUGUAUGAAAGUGCUCCAAAGGUGGAGCAGGUUCUUGCAGGUGCAUUUUUAGUGGGUGUCUAGGGCUACUUUCUAGCUUGAGUUGGGUGAAACAGGUUUUGAAACUGAAAGUCCAUAGUCAAUAAAAAGAUGCUGUAAUUGCUUAGUUGUAGGCACUAUCAUUCAUUUCCUUUGUUGUGUGUCCAAAAUGGUUUUGCAUAAAUAGAUGCACGAAGCCUAACAUUUGGCAGUUGAGGUUUGUAGCAUUUAAAACCUACUCCCCCCCCCAAAAAAAACCCCACUGAUGUUUAAAAGGCUUUUGAUCUUUCGAUUAAAAAAAAAAUCCAAGUAUUUUUUCAUGAUGGAAGGUAUGUAUGUGUGUGGGCACAUCCAGCCACCCUCCAUCAUGAAAAAAUACUUGGAUUUUAUUUUUUUUUAAUCGAAAGAUACAUGUGUACUUACAGGUGGUGACCAUUUUAGGUAAAGGUAAAGGGACUCCUGACAAUUAAGUCCAGUUGCGAACAAUUCUGGGGUUGUGGCGCUCAUCUCGCUUUACAGGCCAAGGGAGCCGGCGUUUGUCCGCAGACAGUUUUUCCCGGUCAUGUGGCCAGCAUGACUAAGCCGCUUCUGGCGAAACCAGAGUAGCGCACGGAAAUGCCGUUUAUCUUCCCGCCGGAGCGGUACCUAUUUAUCUACUUGUACUGCGUGCUUUCGAAUUGCUAGGCUGGCAAGAGCUGGGACCGCACAACGGGUGCUCACCCCGUCACGGGGAUUCGAACCGCCAACCUUUCGAUUGGUAAGCCCAAGUGGCACAGUGGUUUAACCCACAGCGCCACCCGCGUCCUGGUGACCAUUUUAGGCAUGUCCAAAUGACAUGUGAUCACCAACACGUGGGUCCUUUGGUACCCAGAAGAAGGCAGAACAGAAGCAGUGUGUGCUUGUAUGUGCUCUGCUGACAUGUAUGGGGGGGCCAGGAACAGAACCAAGGUUUCCUGCCUGUAUUUCUGUGCUUAAAGCUGUUUUAGGUUUAAGUAGAUUGAGCUGAUGCAAACUCAAUAUACUUGUGUGAACGAUAGCGUGUUUAAGACCUUUAGUCUAGGCAAUUCAGUUGCUGAACGAAAACCAAGAAGGAAGUAUUCUUUAUAGUGGCACAUGAAGAAAACUGGUGUUGCACAGUAAGUUCCUGGUUCAUUUCACUUCGGCUGUGAGCUUGCUAGGUGUCUUCAUUAGCUACUGUUUUCUUGCCCCCAUCUUCAGUAUGGUGUAACUACAGACCUACUUUGCAAGGCUAUUUGUAAGAUUUACCAAAUUUAUAUCUGGAGUGCUUUGAACUCUUGGCAUAUGGCAUGGGUGUGAAACCUCUAGCUUGUGUACAUUAUUAGACCUAGUGUUUGACCUGCAAGGCUGGCUGCCAUAGCCAGCUGCCUGACACCUGAAGUACUGUGUGAUGUCGUGGAUAGGGUAGGCAAGGACGUGGCUCCAAAUGAGCUAUUGGAAGCUUAAAGUGGGCUUCCAAUUGUUUAUUUGCAAGCGGGACAUGCUGACAGUGUUGAUCAGGUGAUGUGCACUGACAGUGAGCCCCACUGGGAUUAGCCAAGAAGGCACAGUGCUUUACAAGUGCCGACAAUCAACUGAUCAUUGGUGCUUGAGAAAUGUUGUGCCUUGCCUGCAGUGGCUUGAUUUCAAACUGCAUGGGCAAAAAGGAAAAGGAGCCAUGUGAUGUCAGAUGAUUGAUAGAUGGUCAGCACUGCCCAUCUGUCAAAGCAAACCUGCUGAGGGGUUGCAGAAUAGGGGAGGUAGGAAUCUGGCCUUCCAGCCAGAUCCAGUUCUUUCACCACAACCAAUAGUUUACAAACACCAUGUGACAUUAUUUUUACAAUGAAAGCUUUUAACAUGAGUUAGAAUUUUGCAGUAGUAAAAGAAAUUAAGCUUUGGAUAUAUAAAUAUGAAGGAAUGUGGUAUAGUUGAUAUUUUAUUUGAUUUGCACAGGAGAGCCCUUGGUUUAAGCCAAUGCUAAGCAUUGUUCACCUUCGGUCAGUUACUAUUGCUCAGCCUGACAUAUUCUGUAGGGUUGUGGAGGAAAAAUGUGAAUUUUUUAAAAUGAUUUUUAAUUUCAAGUAACUAAACAAGGAAUGCAGAGCUUAGUAGUUAUGCAGAAAAGAAAGAAAAAUAGAGGCUGAUGGUUGUAGUUUUAGAUGUCCCAAGAAAAGCGAUCAAAUGAAAGUGUUUCUUCAUAAGGUUCCAUGAGUCGAUUGUCUUAACAAAGUCAAUAAAAGGAUAACUUGUCAUAUAGAAGGUGUGAGUUUUCCUCCCCCACCCCCCAGUCAAUAUUCCUUUUGUGAAAUGGCUAAUCUGACCAGAAGCACAAUACCUGUGAAAUCCAGGCUUCAAAAAGAUUGGCAUUUAAAGUUUUCCAAUUUUUUUUGCAGUCACUAAUCUAGCUACAGUUAAUAAAUGGAGAAUCAGGUUUUUAUUGGUUAUGUUCUUAAUCCGAGGAGAAAAAUUAUUGUAGGGCUGUAGCUAUUGUCCCAUCAUUUGAUUCUUUGAAAAACUUUUUCCCGAAAGGGAAUAAUUUUGGGGCAAAACCACACGUGUGUACUAGAGACAGAUAAAUUGCAUUCCUGCUAGCAAAGGUCAGAUAUGUUAUGAUUAAUUCUCUAUAAUCUGGCUGGGCACAUCUACUAGUAAUGUGCUAUCUUUAAAGCAUUUUCUCAAGUUCUAAUUGAGAUUGAUCCAAAUGGGAGUUUAUUACAAAUGUGUUCCCAGAAUUGUUCCUCUGUUCUCCAAAAUCUUUUCCCCAUUUUAGUCUUAAUGAAGUGAGAAGAAGGGUAGCCAAUUGUGUGAGGCUUUUAUAUAGUUGGAAAAAUGUGAAAUACUUUUUGAAAAAAACCUGUUUAUGCUUCUAGGCUUGCUGCAUAGUUAAUUAGAUAAGAAAAGUGAUAUUGUGCCAGCAUUGAAAAGAGCUAACUUUUAUGUGAAAUAUAUUCUCAGUGUUUUAAACCAUUUCUUUUCUUUUUUCCUUUCCCUAGAUUUUGGAUCCCUGUUUGAUCUGGAACAUGACUUACCAGAUGAACUGAUCAGCUCCACAGAAUUGGGACUUACCAAUGGUGGUGACAUUAAUCAGCUGCAGACUAGUCUUGGUAUGGCACAAGAUGCUGCUUCAAAACACAAACAGUUGUCUGAACUGUUACGUGCUGGUAGCUCACCAAACCUUAAUAUGGGAGUUGGUGGGCCAGGUCAGGGCAUGGCCAGCCAGCCCCAGCAGAACAAUCCAGGAAUGGGAAUCUUAAACAGUAUGGUCAAAAGCCCCAUGGCACAGGCAGCAUUGACAUCUCCAAAUUUGGGGAUGGGUGCAAGUGGACCAAAUCAAGGUCCGUCUACUCAACCCACUGCAGGAAUGAUGCCAGCAGUGAACAAUCCGGUAAAUCAGCCUGGAAUGGGAAUGAAUGCAGGAAUAAAUGCUGGCAUGAAUCCUGGUAUGUUGGCUUCAGGAAAUGGACAAGGCAUGAUGCAGGGGCAAGUUUUGAAUGGUUCGAUUGGAGCAGGAAGAGGACGUUCCAACAUGUCAUACUCGAACCCAGGAAUGGGUAAUGCUGGUAACUUGUUGGCUGAGACAUUGCAGCAAGGUUCUCCGCAGAUGGGAGGACAGACAGGCUUGAGGGGUCCACAGCCUGGAGCAAUGGGCAAGGUAAGUCAAAGUUUUUCUUGUGAUCACAAAUAAAGUUUUUGAAGUAUAAUAUUUCAAAAUACCUGAGCAUUUCCAGAAAACAGGCUUGUUCACUGCAAUUAUGAACGAUACCUGGGAAUAUUUAAGCAUAUGAAUACAUGAUAAGGAGGCAUGUAGCAUUAUAUGAAAAGUUGUAUUUCUAAAAAAACCUCAUAGUCUUUGUGUCCAGUUACAGUAUUGCCAUUCAAAAUGAUGUAUUGAGUUUAUAGCUUUCAAUAGUACCUAUGAUUGAUGUAUUGGUUCUUCAAUUGAAUUUUUUCCCUAGUAUUAAAACUACUGGGAAGGCAAAUAUUGCUAUUCUUCAGUGAAACAUUGCUAUAAUUGUGGGUGGGGUGGGAAUAUAUGUGCAUGCAAUAUUUUCCUUGAUUUGUUAAGUAGUGGGUAGGUUUAUCAUAACUGUUACCCAUGAUUGAUAACUUCAACUUCCAGGUGCAGCAUUUCUGAGUACAGAUGCUGGUGCCAAACAGUGAAGGAGAGUUUGCGUGGUGGUUGUAGAUAUUUUGUAGUCACUUUUACAAAUUGGAUGGUAGACCUGUAGGUUUGCUCCAGCAAGACUUCUCAUAUCUCAGUACUUGGAAAAAACAGUACUGUGAGUGUAAUAAGGCACCAAGAACAGUAUCUUCACUAAUUAGAAUGAAUAACCUAGCGCUUUGUAAGUGGUGGAGCAGAAAAAUGCUGUACAUUUCAUUACUAAUCAUGUAGCUUUGGUGUAACCUCUGCAUGUAGUUGUUUACUACUUCAGGGGAAAGGAUAGGAAACAGCUUUUCUCUUACUUAUUUUAGUACAGUGUUUAGAUUAAGCAUCUAAAAUGAGUCCUCAAUAGGUACUUGCCUAGCAGGUGCUUAUCCUAUGGGAAAUAUGUAGCAAACUGCCAGGUUUCUCUCAUUGAGUGGUAGCCAGUGAGAGUUAACACAUGAUUGUACAGAGCAGCAAAUAGAGGACUUGGGUGCUUUAUGUAAAAUGGGUGAGGAAUUAUAUCUAGCUGGUGGGCUGUACCCUGGUUUCUCCUGCCGAUGGUGCGCCAUUUUGACAGGUAGGUGAGCCUCUGCCCACCUGGAAAUUACUCUAUGUCACUGUGAUGGCAGUUGACACAUUUUUACUUGGUAGUGCUACAAAGGAAAUUCUAGUUCAUUCAAGCCUGACUUGGAAGUUACCAUCAAGCUGCUGAUACAGGCCAACUUCAUGCUCUACUUUGAGCAGGGAUUUAGUGCAUUACUGUAUGGGGAACUCCAUGGUUCAGCUGAUCCCAGCAGGGCUGCUGUCACUGCCAAAACCAGCUGAUCAGCAGUGAUAGCAAGUCUCCCUUGCCAGUGAACAAUUGGGAGUGUACUUUAAGGCUCCCAGUAGAUCAUGACUGCCAUUGCACAAUCUGCUCCAUACCUGAUAUCACAAGACAUCAGUUGUGGGGUAGGUAGGUGUGGUUUUGGGAAAGCAGCCUCACAAGCCAAAUUGGGAACACAGUGCUAGGUCUAAGUAGGCCCACAAACCAGAGGGUCCUCAUGCCUGGUGAUAGAUGUAGUCAGAAACAUAUGAAGGGCACACGUUGGUGAGGAUUUCUUUAGUAGAAUAGAUCUAUGCAGUCUUUGCAUAUAAUACCCUUUCACCUGUCUUUUGAAAACUCAUUUGCUCUAAUGACUAAACAGAACAAUGUGUUCAGUCUCCGUAGUGUGGCCCUCACUGGCAGGUUUACUUCUUAGAUGCAGACUGGGUUUGCAAGUUGCUUGGCUGAUGAGCUUGGUUGAUCAGUCAACCUGCUUGCCUUACAGUUCCAUCUUUGUGAGCUGUUUAGCUUGUCAAAGAGUGAAGCUUGUAAAGGGGAUAUAGCAAAUUCUGAUCUUUGGUUCCUAAGGUCUGCAGAAUCUCAGUUGAUAGUUCAGACAUAAGUCUUGUAAGCAGACUUCAAAGGCAAUAACUAGCUCUAAAGUAACAAAGUAGAACAAAGAUUUUAAGUUUGGAUGUAUAUAGGUGCAGUGACAAGAUAAGAAUAACAUUUUAUUUUUAGAAAGCUUGUUUUUUUAUGGGGAGAAUGGACUUCACACUGUCAGUAGCGAGGAAAUGGAAGUGUGUGACCAAAAAAAUAGUACAGUAUGGUGUUCUUUGUUUUUGUUUAACUCAGGCAGUGGGAAGGCAUGAGAGGCUGGGCUUUAGCAAUGAAAUGUAACUACUAUUGUAGGUGCAGUUGGCUACACACAUAUUCAAGUGACAAAAUAUGAAUUUCAAAUUAUCAAAAGUAGUGCCAGAUUUUAUAUUGAGAUGAAAUCUGGAAUUUCAGAAAAAUAUGUAGCAUCACUGCUUAGCAUAACUUGAAACAACACCGUCUUAUAAUAUAAAAUAAAUUUGCCAUUGUAAAUGUAACACCCCCCUACAAAAAUACUUAAUGAUCCAUGUUUUAUCAACAUGUUUGAUUUCUUGUAUAUUUGGCUGGUCAGUUGAACAGUGUCCUAACCCUGAAAGAGAAUGCAAGUGUUUGAUUCAGUCUGAGAACUUACUGGAAUCUAAAUUGAAGAGAAGAGGAAUCCUGGCCCCAGAUGCAGGGAAUUAAUCAACAUUUUUUGUAGUUGAAUUCUUGAAGCAAAAACAUUUUUUGCUUGACAUGAGAGAGCUUGUUGCUAUUGAGGAAUGUUUUUGUGACAGGACUGCUACAUUACUGUAUUUCCAUCGCUAUUUCUGUGCUUGAGAUGGCAGCUUUUUAAAAAUAAUGUGAAUGAGUUGGACACACCCACUGCAGAAUGCUUCACUGCCAGUGACUACUGUAGGUACAUGUUCACAUUUGGAAGUUGGGGAAGUAGAAUCACUUCAAUUUUGUCUACUAGUGAAUGUUUUGGUUUACAUGGGAAAUGAUUUUAGCAAGGUAUAUGUGAAUGAGGUGGACAGUGAUGCUUGGAAAAGGGAAGUCUUGCAGUCAUUGCUGAUUUCGGUGGCAUCUUGAUAGAAGUUGUGGAAGCACUAUCCCAGAAACAGGGUUAACAUGUGGAGUAAAGAACAAAUAUGACAGUGACAAGGCCCUACAAUUUGCUAGCCAUGCCCUCUCCCUAGCAAGCAUCUUUCACCCCACCUCCUCACCUGGUAAGGGGAGCAUGCAGGCUUGGGAGCUGCAGCUCAAAGGAAGUGGCAUCCAACAACCUUCUUGGCUUCACUGAUGUGGUCCAAAGGAAAGGAAAGUUUAGUUGCUGGAAGGAGGUAUACAGGGCACCAUCCAACCGUCUUAGGGACUCCAUUUUGGAUUGUGUAGGAUUUACUCCUUAGCCUUUUCUUCACCUGAACAUGUCCCACAAAGUAGCGGGUAUGGAUUUUUUUCUCAGGGUUUACUGGUCAGUUCACCUCCUGUUAUAUGACUCAGGCUGGGAACAGGUUGUGUUCUAUCUCUAAGAGCUACUGAAGUAAAGAUACAUUGUGCCCACCUUCUGAUCUCCACUAUAAUGAUAACUCCCAUUUAAUAUUACUACUUUGGGGAAGGGUUGCUAUUUAUGUAUUGCCCUUAAAAAUAACUGGUGUAUUCUGUGGCUUCCAAGAUAAAAACCUGUAACACCUCUUUCAACAUGGAUUUCCUGGAAAAAUUUCCGAGAGUGAUCUAGUUUGCCAUAUUUUCUUGUAUUUAAUAAACAAAACUAAAAUCUUUGAAACUAUCAAGCUUGCGUAAUAGCUGCGUUUGGCAUCUUUUCAUUUUUGCUAAUGAACUUAUAAAACAGAAAAAAUUUCAUGGAAAAAUAAAGCUCUGAAAAGUUUUCUGCUGCACAUUGCUGAGAACUCUUGUGCUUUGCAUAGACAUGAAACACAUGAAUAGUGGCUCUGGAGUGAUACAGUUUCCUUUUCUCAAUCUAUGGGGCUUGUAUGUUUUGUUUCCCAAAGCACCUAGAAUUCUAAAUUGCAAACAUUUUUAUUUAUUACCUGAUUAUAUCAGGCCCUCAAGGUCUGAGCCAGCAGAAAUUCUUACUGGCUCUUUCUUGGUAGCAGUUGUUUAACCUAACCCUGGUUUGGGAAAGGUUUUGAAUCUGAGAGCAAAACUGGUAUGUUUACCUAAAGAUGCUUACAGCCAAUAAAAAAUCAAUAUAGAUUAACAAAAAGUUGCAAAGCAACAACACUGUCUUUCAAAUGGAUGCAAAUAUGUAUUUGAUCAACACAGUUAUAGGUGGCAGUUUAGAAUUUGAUUUCAUAUGGUUGUAUCCAAUAGUAGCCUUGCUGUAUUGAAAAGUGUUUCUGCUCUCAAGAUAGGGAACAUACCUUUCACUGAUCCCACUACCUUCUGCAGACCUUAGUGCCAUAUUUCAUAGAAGGGCUGGUCAAAUAACUAGAUUUAAACUGGCUAAACUUAAAGGUGCAAAUAUAAUCCUCAUUAAUUUAUUGAUCACCUCCUUAAAAACCAUCUCAAGGUGAUGUAUAAUUAAAACAAGUUAUAACACAAAAAUAGCAGAUUCAUUUAACACAAAAACGAAAUCAAGAAAAGACAGUUAUGAUAUAGACCAGUUAAUGCUGCUGGUAAAACCUGUUGGUACAAACAUGUCACUUAUUUCAGGAAAGUACAGGUAGAGAGGGUGCCUGUUGUAUCUUGACAGGAAUUCUAUUCCACAGAGUGGGGACAGCCACACACUGCUCCGAGUUACUGCAGAGUGGGCUUCUGAGAUCUUUGGAACUUGCAGGAGAAACUUAACUGCAGGCAUUUUCAGAUAGCCAAAUAGCAGUUAGAAAGACAGUGACCCUGCUACCAGAUCUAGCUUUGUGACUUGAAGCCCACAAAAUGCAGUGCUGCAACCUUUCAUCAGCUGAAGAAGCUUCAUAAUUCUAUAAUGAGAAUUUCAGUUCCUAAAGAUUAGUUGGCUUAUGUAAACAGAUUUUUAGAAAACCAUUUCUUUAUUACCAAAAGUUCUUAAGAAAAACUGCAGGUGUCAGGCAUAAUUUGGGGGCAUAGCUUUUUUCUUCAGAAAGGCAAAUGUUCUUCUAGGAUGGUGCCGCCUGUAACAUAGGCACAAAUAAUCUGAACACUGAAUGUCUUUCCCUUAAACAGUUUCAUUCUAUGCAGACGUUUACAGAGCUAAAUUUUAAUGCACUUUUACUCAAAAUGCAUUUUUUAGUAUUGUGCGUUUUUACUCAAGCAAAUCCAUUGAACAAAGUAGGACUACUGAUAAAUGUACAUAUCAUUGCAGGCUUAGUCUGUUGGCUAUACCUCACAAGAUUGAUAAACUCUACUAAUAUUUCUUUAAUAGUCUGACAACUUUAAUAAUAUAAUAAUACUUAACAUGUAAAGAUUCAGUUUAAUGAGCAAUUGGAGUAUACUGUCUUCAAAUCCUGAAAUUUACUUGAGUGGUAAUUGGAGAAGCAAAGAAGAUUGUUUAACGUGAAUUGUAGAUAUGGUUUUGCUCUGCUUCUGUCAGUUUUAGCAGAAAGGACACUCUUUUUGGCUUGGACACCCCCAUUUGGAAUGUAUGUUCUUAAGCUAGCUGAAGAUCCUAUUAGACGGAAAUCUGAAAUGGAGGCUGAGACUCAAGAGUGUAUUCAACUGGUUUGGCUGUUGGCAGAGAGCCCAAGUUUCACUUUUUGAGGUGGAGUUGGUACAAGCUGACAACAAGCAUGCUUGAUCUGUGUUGCUCUCCAACCAGCUGUUGUCGAUACCCCACAACCGAGUCUAGAAAAAUAAACUGGGAACAGGAGGUUUUUUAGGGGUCUAAAAAUGAAAAGUAUUUUGUAGCCUACGUAUAGCUGAGCUUCAUCUUCAAAUGAAAUACUUGGCUUCUUUUGUAUGGCAAAGCAAAAUGGCAUGGCUGUUGUGCAUAUCAGGAUGAGCAUUUUCUUCUACUUUCAUGGGGUUGUAAUAUAUAGGUGCUUUAUCUGCAGGAAACAUUCUUGUCAACAACACUUUGUUGUACUAAGGUUUGAUAUUUGUGCUUUUAUAAAAGCCCUUAUCCUGAAUUCUAAAUACAGUAGGUGGAAAGCAGUGGUGUGAAUUUCCAUUUUCUAAAAUGGAUCUAAUUUUCCCCAAUGCCCAGUUUAAAUCAGCUUUACAAAUCUGAUUAUGAUAAUUGUUGGAUUUAGUCUAUACUAUAUAUAGCAGUCUCAAAACUCUAUACCAUAUAGCACUGUGUACUAUAGAUGUGGUAUAAAUGUUAGUAAAUCAUAUUCAAAGCUUUACUAAUUUUUUUUUAAUUUGCAACUAUUUUAAGACAAUUUAGUGUUAUGCACUUUGCUUAAAUUUAAUGGGGGGGGGAGGAAGCACUGAAAAUUGUUAACAUAUGCUAAUUUUAUCAAGCCCAAACAGCUGUACAUGAGAGAGAGAGAAUGAACUGUGUUCAUUUACGUUGAAGUGACUUAGUUAGAUAUAACUGACAGUAGUUUGGAAUACUCUGGAUUUAUUUUUGUUUUACUUCUGUUCAGGUGUUCAGUGUUUUGUUUUUUAAAAGAGGUGUGUUUCUAUCCAUUCAUAUAAAUUGGCCUGUUCUGGCUCUAAUUGAGCACAGUACAGUGAUUCUACAAUCUUCUGGUGUCGUUGAAUAUACUCUAGAACUCUUGCAUUUGAGCUGUAAUUUAAUUUUAUUAUGUGUGUGAAAAGGUGAGUCACGUUUUCUUGAACAGCAGUUAAGAAUUAUGGAUUAGUAGUUACUUGGCAUAUCAUUGGUAUACAUGAGCUACAGUAAAUAUCAUUGAUGGGUGUAGAAUAACCAGACCUUGAUAUCUGAACAUUAUGCAGUCCGAGUGGAAUUAAGCAACAACUGCAGUACAAGCUCUUGCAGGUAGAACUAGAUGAAGUUGGGAUGUAACUUGGUGGCAAAUUUUUGUUUGUACUUUUAUUUAUUUUUGAAUAAUUUCAAAGAACAAUUGUACAAGACAUCCCCUAGUAACAUAAAUAUACAACCACAUGUGAAAGGGAAAUGUCAGGAUGAAAUUGGGAUUAAUCUCUGAUUAGGUUCACAAUAGGAAGUGUGCACAGUUUGAACCUGGGACAUCUUGUACACAACCCCUGGCAUUUCUAGGUAGGGCUGAUAAAGACCUAGCAGCAGCAAUGGUUUGGCUUGGUCUAAGGCAUUUUCCUAUGUUCUUGUGCACCAUAUUAGCAACACCAAGGAUGUGGAAUGUGUAUCGUUUCAGAUGUUGUUGAACUCAGAUUCCCUUCAGGCCCAGCCAGCGUGGCUAGUGAUCAGAGUUGUUAGGCGUUGGAAGCCCACAUAGAUUCCACAUACUCUCUGGUUCCCAAUCCUGGAAUUUUUGUGUGGUAUAAAGGAUAUGGUUCAAAACUUAUAUGUCGGUAUGCAAGAACUGACAAAAUCAUAAUUGAAUAGCAUAGUUUCUGGGGCUUCAGUAAAAAAAGACAUGAUAUACAGUGGUACCUCUGGAUGCGAAUGGGAUCCAUUCCGGAGCCCUGUUCACAUCCUGAGUAGAACGUAACACGCGUGUGCGCGGGUCGCGUUUCACCGCUUCCGCACAUGUGCGUGACGGCAUUUUGUGCAUCUGUGCAUGUGCGAGCGACGAAACCCAGAAGUAACGCGUUCCAUUACUUCCGGGUCGCCGCAGAGCGUAACCUGAAAACGCUCAACCUGAAGCAUAUUUAACCCGAGGUCUGACUGUAUUUGAUACAUAAAUGAACUCCAAGAAAGGACACAUUUUGAUCCAUUGAUUUACAUGUUGGCAUUGUCUAACAAGUGUUUUGGCCACUUAAGGAUUCAAUAUGCCACAUAUUAAAAUGAACUGAAAGGUUUGGCUUUGCAAUAAUAAACCUCCUUAACUCUUGGUAAAUACUGAAUUUAAUUCAAAUGUAUAUGUCUGGGGAAAGUCCAUCUUAUCUUCUCCUUUAUUUUUUCUUGAUGAUGGUUCACAUGUCUUUUCUUAGAGCAAACAUGCUAGAGUAGCUUGCAACAGUGUUUGAAAUUAGCCAGGCACAUUUUGCACCUGGCUAUCAGCCACUUGUGACCAAGUAAAGAAGCCUAAGUGUGAGGAUGGCGCCUGACAUUUCCACCAUCUGGAGGUGCAUGCCUCAGGAUCCUUGGAUUUUGAUUGUUUUCACACACUAAUAAGACAUCCUGUAGAAUUCUAUACGUUUUAUUUUAUCUACAAAAUCAGAAUGAAUUUCAGGAACCAACAUGCUUUAUCUGUGCAGCCUGAGCAGGAGCAGUGAACAAUGUUAUAGUUAAUUGUUGUAGCUUCUCUUCACCCACCCCACUUAUAUUAUGAAUGGUCUGUGUCACCAUUAAGAAAAAGAGGUAAGAAUAGGCCUAUAUGUAUGUGUGAAAUGGCCCUGGAUAAAGUGGCUAUUCCUCCUUAAGUUCACAAAGUUCUGAGUUUCUAACACUGGCUUAUAGUGGGAGUGUGGUCAGUUUGGGCUUUUAAAAUGCACAUGCUGCAGACUGAAUUUAACAGGGGAGGUGGAGUAAAUUGCAUUCUUGAAACAGAAGUUUCCAGUGCCAUCUGCUCUGUUAGCAUCUAUAGAGAAUUUUCCAAAUUUGAGUAUUUAGAGGAUCAGUUUGCUGCCAAGAACGUGUGUGGAGAACCACCCCCUCCCAAAUAUAGGAGCUUCUACUACUCAUUGUUAUGUUUCAUCAGUGAAUGUGAAUAUUGUUAGUUCCCUGAGCAAUGACUGAAGAAUAAAUACCACAAGUUUAUUUUAAUUAUUGUUCUUGUUUAUUAAAUUGAUAUAGUUUUCUUCAACCAAAGAUCACAGAGUGGUUCGCAACAUAAUAUGGCCUUAACUGGGAUUUAACAAUCGGCCUGCUUAUAGUACCCUGUAAGAGAGCCAGUGCAUUGAACAGAUCUUCUCUUCACAUCUCAGCCAUAUUACACUUAAUGGUAGUCGGCUAUGCUGGUGCAAUGACAUUGAUAAUUUAGUUAGUUAGAGGCUUUGAAGAAUGGCUCACGAAGAUAGUUUAGUUAUGAAUCCAAAUGGGUACACUUUACAAACAUUAAACUUAAAAUCUGUUGAUAUUUUGGAAUCGUGAGAGUUGCAAGGGACCUUGGUGGUCAUAGCAUUUAUCUCUUGAGUUUUACUUGUGAAUCUAGGGACUGCUGAUAGUCCAUAGUGAGCUUUCACAUGAAAUCAUGAAUGGAAGAGAAUGCUAGAGGUUAUUCCCAGACCAAUCAAAUAUUAAAAAAUAAUAGGAUUAUAACAAUUGUGCACUAGCUUUCUCAACUGGAUAAAUGGGUCUUUGCUGUAUCUACUUUAUAUUAUUUGAGUUUUGUUUUAAAUGUGUCUGCUGUGUUUUGUGUUUUUAACCGUCUUUUCACUUUUCAUUUUUAUUAUCUUGUGCAUAACUUUGAGAUGAUUGUGCAGAAGGCUACUUAAAAAUUAAUGACAAUAAUAGUAUAAAUUGGCCACAAAGUUAACAGCCAGCCAAAAAUAGUACUCAAAAGAGGGGCUGAUGGAAGAUGGAUAGAAUAUUUGCCAGCCCCUGCUCUGGGUAAAAAGCAGAGUGAAGAAUUCUACAGGCUAGAAACACAGUAGGCACCAAGCCUUUUGUGUUCCUAUACAGUGGUACCUUGGUUUGCAACUGCUUUGGAUUACAACCAUUUUGGAUUACAAACACAUCAAACCCGGAAGUACGUGCCCCUUUUUUGGGAUUCUAACCCAUUUUUUGGGGGGAGGCCUCAUUUGCGAAAGCGCACCUUGGGUUACAAAAUGUUUUGGCUCACAACCGGACCUCCGGAACGGAUUAUGGUUAUAAACCAAGGUACCACUGUACUUUAUGUCUUGAAAAUAAAGACUCAUUCUCCAAAUCCAGCAAACAAAGCAAAUGGACUAGAGGCAGAGGCAUGAGUCACUCCACACCUCCCUGUUCUUCCUUUUCCUACUUGUGUAGCAUAGAGGUACUACAGGCUGGUGGCAGAGGAAUGAAGUGCUUCAUUUCUCUGCCACCAGCUCUCUUGCUUUCUAGGAUGGACAGGUAUUAGGGAGCUUGACCUCUAGAAUCCAAUAUGAAAAUUCAGUGGGCUGGCAGUGGUGCGUUGAAAUGUUUCAUCUCUUUGCCAGCAGUCCACUUGAUUCCUGUGCACAGCAUACUGAGCACCUUCCCACCUCCUAUGCUCUAGCAAAUGAAAACUUUAAACAUUCUUUAAAAAGCAAUAAUAAACUCUAACCAGUCACUCUGAAGUUGGCUACAGCAACUACCAGAGGAACAACAUAUUGUACCUGCCAGUUUAUGUAUAACUUCAUGAUCUGUGCUGUCAAGGUGGAUCUAAACCUAUGUAGUCUUAAUUUUCAGGGUUGUCUGUGUGGCAUGUUUUGAGGUACACAAACUGAAGACACAAGGAUGACAGAGCAAAUGGGAUGACUUAGCAAGAGCCGAAUAACUUGCAAUUGUCUUCUAUUCCCCAAUAGAAGGAUAGUAGAGAGGCUCCGUUCUCCACUGAUGAUGUAACCAAGCUUGUGUGUUCAGUUAUUUUUCCAUGCUUCUCUAUGUUUGAAGCUAAGGAACACAGAUUCCCCAUUACUACUAGGCCUGGGUGAUAUAUCGCCCAGGACCGGUAUGAGGAACAGGCCACAAUGUCUGCUUCACUCAGCGGUGUUUCGCUGAGUGAAACAGCCAUCCCACUUCUUUCUCAUAUAACAGAGGGAGAAACAAGCUGUAUCUGUGAAGUGCAUCUUUAAACUGCCCGAUUGAGGAGUGUGCUGCUGCCCUUGCAUCAGUUGAGCAGUCAAAGGAGCCCCCAGCCUUGCACUAGCAGAGAGCGUGGUUGCUGCUCCCUGCAGCGAGCAGUUAAAGGAGCCCUGAUGCUCCGCCCACGCACAGGCGUUCCCUCCCCCCAGCUGAGUGGCACAAAGCAGCUCCGGUGCUAUUGCUGCUCACAUUAGAGAGCACGGAGCUGUCUCAGCUGGGGAGGGGGUGAAACUGCCUCAGCUCUGGAGGUGAGAGCAGGGGCAGUUUCACCUGGUGUCUCGCUGGCAGAGGCCAAUGCACCUUGUUUUUUCAACAUUGUGGUAUAUCGCCAAACUGCGAUGUUUGGCUGGCGAUAAACUGUUACGUUGAAAAGCUGCUGCUGCUAGUGCUGAUAAAAUAAUUUAUUAUUUAUACCCUUCCCAUCUAGCUGAGUUUCCCCAGCCACUCUGGGCGGCUCCCAAUCGAGUGUUAAAAACAAUACAGCAUUAAAUAUUAAAAGAUGUCUUUUAAAAAUAGGAUAGCUGCUUAUUUCCUUGAUAUCUGAUGGGAGGGCAUUCCACAGUGCGGGCACCACUACUGAGAAGGCCCUCUGCCUGGUUCCCUGUAACAUCACUUCUUGCAAUGAGGGAACCUCCAGAAGGCCCUCAGCACUGGAUCUCAGUGUCCAGGCUGAACGAUGGGGGUGGAGACGCUCCUUCAGGUAUCUCCCAGCCAUAAUUACUACUACUAUACUACAGAAUUAUGCCUGUUUUAUAUCCACCUCAACUUACUAGCAGUGUGACCUUUUUAGGGGGUGGCAUCAGCUGUCUCUACUGGAGAACAGGGCACUGAGUUGUGUAUGUUGAUGAGUAUUAGAUAAUGCAAAAGAUAAUGAUAUCAGAAAGUUUUGGAAGGGAAUUUCCAGUAUGUUACAGUAGUGCAUAGAAUGGACUCUUCCACUCUAGCCAUCUAGGUUUAUUUAACUGAUGCUGGUUUCUUAAUUAUGUUCGUACCUGCUACUUUGUCUAAACCACAGAUUUCCUCUUUUAAAAACAAUGUGCUUGUUUUCUCUGCAACUAAAAUCUCUGUGUAAAAUGGACUGUGGCCAGCAGAGCUUUCUUAUAAUUUCCAGUAGAGAUUUCCUGCUAUCUAGGAACUUUACUAGCAAAUAGUAUUAAAUGAACUUACUUGGACAAGUAGAUAAGAUCUGAGACAUAGAAAAUCUUCCUGUAUAAAGAACCAAUCAUUGAAAAUUACCUGCUCUGGUAGACCACCCUUCUGAAAGAGGCACAGAGAUUGUGUAUUUUAUUUAUAAUGGGCAGGGGUCCACCAGCUUGGAGCUGGGGAGAAGGGCAGAGCCUUGUUGCUUCAAUUUCAACUGAAAACUCGUGCAUUUUUUUGAUAACUGUUUAAAGAUUGUCAUGAUUUAGACCAGUCCACCAUUGUAAAUAAUAAUAAUAAUAAUAAUAAUAAUAAUACCACCAUAUGGAGGAAUUCAGCUUCAUGCUGUAAUGAUUGUUCUGUCAGUGCAUGUAUUUCUGCUUGUCAGGUUGAACUGUCCCUUCUCCUCACUCCCGUGCAAUGUUCUAGGGAUUCUCUUGACUCACCAGAGUAGAUUUGGUGGAGCAGGAGAAGCCCCAUUGUGCUAGUGGGAGACAAUUUGUUGGCUUCCACUAGCAUGUUAGGUAAGGUGAUUCUAGGGUGUAGUAUCCACACAUGUCAGGAGAACUGUUGGAUUACUAUUCAACAGCUAAUAGUGAAAAAGUCAAUAAAUGUAGAAAACAUCAAUUUAGGCAGCUGCCACAUUCAGCUGUGUUUUCCAUAUAUACUCACAUGUUCUGCUUAUUUUGUGUAUAUAUAUGCCCAUUUGACAGCUUCAGUCUGGAGCACUGACACUGUUACAGGUGAUUCAUAAUACUCAUUCUGCACUUGUAAAAAUUUGACAUUUAGGAACUAUCAAUAAUUGUAUUUUAUAUUUUUGUAAUUUGCUUAGAGGUUUUCUUAGAUCAAGUGAUAUAUAAUUCUUUGUUAAACAAUUAAUGGCUCGGGUGUUGCUUUGAUAUAAAAUCUUUAAUCUGCCAAACCAUUGAGACAUUAUUUCAGACCUUCAAUUUCUUCAUGACCUAUGAUCAGAAUCAGGCUCAAUAUUCAGACUGUAAAAUUGAAGGUGUGCCUUUGGAUCAUAAGCAUUCAAGGAUAAAUUAACUUUUGAGGUGCUCAGUCAAUAUAAUUCAGUAUCUGGAGGAAUAUAUAUAUGAAAUGCUUGAUUUAAAAUGAGGGGAAAAUGGAAAGUAUUGAAUGAUAGCAAAAUUUUAUUAACUGUCAGUACCAAUAUUGAAUUGGGGUUUGGAAAGAGAUGGAUAGUAUUAAGAGGGUAUAUGUAGAUCAGAAUUUGUUAAUACUUUGCAGUUUGUUGAUAUUCCAUUCCUUGAACCAAACAGUAGUUAACCAUAGUGUAUACCAUGAAAUGAACAGAAGAAAAUGAAAAUAUUCCUUAAUUGUCAUUCUUUAAUUUCUAGAUGGGAAUGAUGAACAACCCUGGUCCUUAUGUACCACCAUACAGCCAGAAUCCUGGACAACCAAUUGGAGCCAGUGGACUUGGUCCCCAGAUGCAAAAUAAGCCUGUAUUACCUAACAGUUUACCCCAGUUUCCAAUGGACAAGAAGCCAGUGCCUGGUCCAGUAAUGCCUAAUAUGGUAGGUAGUAACUUCUAUUUCAAAUUAUUGUAGAGCUAGUUCAAGAUAUACCAGUAUUUUGUCUUAAAGGGUUCCAUAUUGUGUCACAUCAUGAGAAAUAAGGGUAUUCAACCUAGAGGAAAAAAGCAUUUUAGUUGAGUUUUAAUUUCUUUUGAAUGGCAUUUCUAUUUGAACCAUAUCUCCUUGUCUUUUGCAUAAUUCUCAUAUCUACCCUUUCAUCAUCAAUUCUAGCCUUUUAGGGGGCAGACAGUACUAUUUCCAUCCAUAUAUUGGAGGACAUAUAGAAAUAACAGUCUGUGAUGUAUGCUGAAACUGUGUUCAUGUGCUUGUUGAUAAUAAGGGUGGAAGGUUCAAGGGGAAAUGGGAUAUAGGAAGAAAUGGAUGACAUAAAAUUACUUUUUGUUGAAAACUGACUUUAUGUGAGUUUACAUAGGUGCAUUGUCAUAGCAGGAUGUAAGAUGUAUUUGAUGAGGAGUGAUUGCAUCAGUUCAUUCAUUUGCCAAUCUAUGCUUUGCAGCCAUUGAGCCAACACAUUCAGUGGAGCAUUGCAGCACAGAUACACCUGAGCUCCCAAUGAGCAGACAGUGUAAUGUGCACACACUUAACUUGAUUCUUGUUAAUCCUGCCUUCCACAGUGCUGAGCUAGUGACACAGCAGUACAAGAGAAUCUCUGUGUACAUAGAGAUUCCAUUCCCAGUAACUGUGCAUGUCAGUGGGACACACACAAGUCCUUUCUGUCCUGUUCUGCCCCCCUUUGGCACCAAAAAUGAUGCAUGUGUCAGUGGUCGUGUGAGUGGGAAGGUGCUUGUACAUGCUCAUAAGGUUCUUAGCAUCCCUAUUCCCUUCCAGAUGAUGUGUGCCUUAUUGGUAUUUUUAACAGCAGGUUUUGGGAAUGGUGGAGAGGUUGGAGGCAGGGGUAUCAAGGAACAUAGUCUUCUUACUGGACAAUACAGAGGUGGAGGAGGAGGCAGAAUGUAGCUGGGUAAGAUGUUGGAGGAGCCAGGCUGGUCAGAACAUGGAGAGUGUGACACUUCCUUGGAGCUUCCAAUGUCCCUUUCUCCUUGCUGUGAGCUAUGGUGAAGAUGGGCAAACUGUGUUACUUGGAUUGUGAGGUCUGCAAAGGCCAUGCAGAGCUACCACCUCUCUCUCUGUUGGCCUAUAUAGGCCUUUUUUAGCUUUCAGUGCUCCAUUCUCUGGGAAGUCAGGGGGGGCCUGGGCGGUGGGCGAUGAAGGCGCCACACUGAAAAGCAGGCUGGAGCUGGGGAGGGGAGCACUGAAGAGGCUGUGUAGAGCUGAUUCCUGGGUUGUGUAUAGCCUGUCUUAUCUCACUCUUGUGGGGGAUAGAAUUGCAGGUAUGCAUGCAGUAUUACUUAUCUCACGUUGCAUUGUAUGUGUGGCCUGAGUGCAUGCAUGGAACCAUGCUCUUAAAAAGUGGAAAGCUAAGAGUGUAAGUCAGACCCCCAAACAUUCUUAGACUGCUGUUUCUGAAUGGCUAGCUGUUGCCAGUAAUCUUUGUAGCCAAGUGUUGCUCUGUAAAAAGUGGAUUUUUAAAAAUCUUCGUUCAUCAUCAUCAUCUACUCUAAGCAGCACAGGUGUGCCACUUAUUUCAAGCUAAUUCUGAUUGCUGACUUUUUAAGAACAUCUUAUGCACCUUAUGGUCAAAUUGUGCAUCCCUAGAUAUUGGCAUUUUAAAAGUGAAAUAACGCUGUAUAGAUCCUAAUAGAACUGUGCUGAACUUUUGCCUAAAAAGUACUGGGAACAAAGAAGAUUAGGAGAAGUCAAAACAUCUUACAGUGCUCCUCUUUGCUUGCUUCCAUUAUGUACUGUUCACAUUAACUUUUAAGCCAUAUUCCUGAUGUGAUCCAAACCAAUUGGGAAUCACGUGGGCAGCAUGUUGCGCUGCUCAUCAGAUCAGCAUGCCAAUAAGCAACAGUUGGUUUGGCUCUCAGAUCUAAUAGAUUCCAAUAGUGAACUAGUUCACACAAUACAUUAAACUAGAGUUUAUUUUAAAGUAUGUUUUAAUGAGUAUAGGCAGUAUAUUCUUCUACUGCUAUAACAUUCAUGUCAAUGAAUUAGAGUGAGGGCAGAAACAUCGACCUCCCUCUGCACAGGCUUCCUGACACUGGCACAUAAUGAGAAUUGACUAACCUAAGAAAUUCAAAUGUCAGGUGAAUUCUACUUACACUCCCCUGAAUGGGUAAAUUUUUUCCCCUCUCUUACAGCGUUCGAAAUUAGCCAGGCACCAUGCUCAUUUUGCACCUGGCUAUCAGACACAUGCAACUAAGUGAAGAUGCCUGGGCGCCAGGAUAGCACCUGACAUCUCCGCUACUGGCUGGCGUACAGCAUCAUUGUUUUUUUGCUGCCGUGCUAUGGCAUGAGUCAGAUUUUAGCUGGAGCUGACAGUAUACAAAAUUCAUUUUCGGCUUUGUAAUCAUGGGUUUUUUUGUUUUGUUUUUGUUUUUAAAAGUGUCGAAACAUUCCAUUAGUGUGCCCGUAACCUAGGUUUAAGGGGCCAUAUGACGAAUAGCUUUAAUAUCUCUGUUUCUAACACUGCUCUUCAUAGAACUGGUCAAACAGUUACCUCAAUGAGAGAGGGGCAGGCACAUGCAGGAGUAGGGGAGGAACAAAUUAUUGUUACUAUUAUUUAUUAAGUUUAUAUACUACCCUUUAUCCGAGGAUCACAGCAUGGUUUAGAAUAUAAAAAUACAAAAAUACAUAACAUAGUAACAAGCAAAAACAAUAACCUACACCCAUUCACGGUUUAAAAGGCCAUAGGGACUAUAGAGUGGGCAGGAGCACACUUUUCAUAGUUUAAAAUAAACUAUGGAGUAAUGUUAUGUACAAACUGGGCCAUUGUAAACUUGUACACUAUAAUCCAUAUAGCAUUGGCAAAGCGCACUUUAAAAGCUUCACUGUAUGACUAUAGAUCAAGCUAAUUAGGUAUGUUGUAUUACUCUUUAUUACUCUAAUAAAGAGUAAGUUUAUUAGUUGUGAUUGAAAUACAAUUGGUAUUGGGUACACCAAUUAACUUGAAGAGAGUGAAGCUAUCUGUGAGUGCCACAAUCCUACCACCUGUAUAGGGAAGUUCCAUUCAUGUCAGUGGGGUUUUACUAUGAAUCGCCAUAAUACCCAUACAUGUGAAGAGUCAAAAGUUCUGGAAUUAUUAGUGUAACUUUUGUUCAAACUGGAGUUAGCCUUUGCCUAUGGUUCCCAGUUAGUUUCAAGCUGUGAAGCUCCAGUAUACAGUGGUACCUCGCAAGACGAAUGCCUCGGAAGACGAAAAACUCACAAGACGAAAGAGUUUUUCGGUUUUUGAGUUGCUUCGCAAGACGGAUUUCCCUAUGAGCUUGCUUCGCAAGACGAAAAACGAAAAAACCGAAAACGUCUUGCAAGUUUGUUUCCUUUUUCUUAAAACCGUUAAUACCCAGGGUGACUUCGAGGAGCAACUCAUAGCACGCGGUGUGGUAGCCGUUUUUGAGGUUUUUGGUAUUUUUGAAGCUUUUCCAAAGCUUUUCCGACACCGUGCUUCGCAAGACGAAAAAUUCGCAAGACGAAAAAACUCGCAGAACGAAUUAAUUUCGUCUUGCGAGGCACCACUGUACUUGAAAACAGGCUGGAAGUGAAGAAAUCCCUUUACUACUGUAUUUGGGUGAAGCUGACAUGAAAACUGAAUUUCUCCCAUGGAUGGUACAAUGUUAGUUGUGCUGAACUCUCAUACCUUGACCCCUUGUUAAAAGAGAAAAACAAUAAUUAUUCCUUCCCAGUUAAUGAAGCAAGCCUGAAGAUCCUUAAAACCAAAUCAAGUCAAGCUCUCUGAAGUUGAAUGAAAAGCAGUAUGGAAUAAUGCUUGCAUUGCCACUUCCAAAGAUCAGCCUCAGAAGUGGCGUUGCAAGGUGGUUGCUAAGCAGAAUAGGACAUAUAUUUCUAAUUAUCAACCUCAGCAAUAUUAGUUUGCUGUGUUGCAUUGGUAGUGGCUACAAUAACUAUGUCUCCUGUGCUUGAUCUGUCCUUUGCAUUGCUCCAUAUUUAGGGAUGGUAUGUUUAUGUGUUGGCUGCUGGAGGUUAGAAAAUAUUGAUUCAUGAAAUCAUUCCUCAUACUCAUUAUAUUAGUAGGCUGUGUUGUAUGGCUGCUUUCUUUAGGGACUAUAUGAGCAUUAAGUUGCAUUGUGGAACUUUGCUUGAGAAUGGGUUUUCUUCAAAGAAAUAAGAGCUUUCUCUGUGAGAGAGGAUUUAUUAAGUUAUCUUAAAGUAAUUCACAUAGCUACUGCUUCUACAGGUUUAAGCAAACUUUCAAAAGACAUGAAUAACUUCUUUGUGUUUUGCUGACUUCUAGAGAACUGUCAGGGUUAGACUUCCAUUUGUCUUCUUUAUUUACCUUUGAAGGGUCAACAGCAGACACCUCCAGUUCAGCAGGCUGGGAUGGUGUCAACUGCCCCCCAGGGCAUGGGAUCAGGAGCACCAACUGCAGACCCAGAAAAGCGCAAGCUCAUUCAGCAGCAACUUGUUCUCCUCCUACAUGCUCACAAAUGUCAGCGGCGGGAACAAGCAAAUGGUGAGGUGCGGCAGUGCAACCUCCCUCACUGUCGAACCAUGAAGAAUGUCCUCAACCACAUGACACAUUGCCAGGCUGGAAAAUCUUGCCAGGGUAAGUAUAAAGUUUUUCAUCCCAUAGAAAUCUUUGGUCCUGUUCUUGUAAAGUCAAGUCAAGCCCCUCCGGAAAUGUUACCAUUGUGACAUUAGGAAGCUAAUACUGUCUGAAAAACAAUUUUGCAGUAAUUUGUGCUCACAAGUUACAAGGUCAGGAUGAGAGAUACAGAUACUGAAGUUUUAGCAAUCAACUUUGGCCUCCACUGUGCAAUAAGUAAUAAGAGAUCCAGACUGGGUGACCUAUUGCAAAGAGCAGAAAAGCCUUGAUCUGUACUUGGGUAAGAUAAUUUUCAAUCAACUAAGAUUUCCCUUGACCUAUCAGUCAAAAGAAGACUUAAGGGGAAAGUUUUCAAUUCUGGAGAUAUAGAUAUAGAUAUAUGCAGUCCAAUAUACUCAGAAGCAUGAGUCACACUGUACUCCAAGUAAUUGUGCGUAGAUUCUGUGCAUCAGUAGCACAUGUAUAGCUGGCUUAAAGAAAUUUAAAGUUUUAAGUGUAAAAUUGCUUUUUAACCCUCUUUUUAGUGGCUCACUGUGCAUCUUCACGACAAAUCAUAUCGCACUGGAAGAAUUGUACACGGCAUGACUGUCCUGUGUGUCUCCCUCUCAAGAAUGCUGGGGACAAAAGAAAUCAACAAUGUAAGUAUUCACUAAUUUAUUUCUUUUUAGGGCAUUACAGAUUUGCAGUAUCACUCCAUUUCUCAUAAUGUUUCUCCUAAUACUAUUAAUGGCUGGUGUGAGAGACAGCUGCAGGAUCAAGUUCCUACAGGACAAGCAGUGCUCCUGACAGCAGGGACCCUCGAUAUACAUGGACCCUCUACUCUGGCCUCACUAUCAUAUUGUGAUGGCAGUCUUGUCUGCAAAUACAGUAGGACGCAGCCAUAGCUGCCCAAGUUGUGGUAGGCAGCAGCCUCCAUGCUUAUCAGGUCAGCAACCGACACAGUUUAAUGCCCCAAACCUUAUUGGUGUGUUACUAAGGACUUUAUAAAAGGGUUGGUGUGUUUUAUGUUCAUUCUAGUCACUGUUUUUGAUUGUUUUCAUGUCUUCAUUUUUUCUAGCAUUACUAGGUGGUGCUGCAGUAGGACUUGGAAAUUCUGGCUCUGUAGGGGUUGGUCAGCAGACAACCCCCAACAUAAAUACUGCUAACCAGAUUGACCCCAGUUCGAUUGAGAGGGCUUAUGCUGCCCUUGGACUGACGUAUCAAGGGAAUCAGAUGCAGACGCAGACACAAGCUCAAGUGAAGAGCCAGCAGCAAGGACAGUCACCGCAGGGACUUCGCCCCAUGAAUCCUACAAGUAUGUUCUUAACUUCAUUUUUAAAAUGUAUAUCCCACCUUAUUUCAGAAGGCAGCUAACAACUCCAAAUCAUAGCAACAACAAUAAAAUAUGUAAUUCUGCAUUAAAACAAAAAUAUGACCAUCAGCACCUAAGCUACAAAUAUUCAAGUAUUUUACUAAAGGCAUUUGUGAAGUUUUGCAUCCAUUGGGAGAAUGGGUGAUAGUGAGGUGAGGCUUUGUACAUGGCAAAAGCAAGUUUUCAAGGUUUCAUUGUUCUCUAGUAUAACCAAAAAGUUGAACUCAGGGUAGUCUUAGUGAGGGGUUAUCUCAGUGAUUCCCAUUGAGUUCAUUUUUAAUUUGAUGAACAAAUUAAACACGCUGCAAUCUGAGACUCAGUUAAGGAAGCAAAAUCUGCCUCUGCCAUCAUAAGUGCUCCCUCCCCCCUUGAGCUGCUCCUACACAUUCAUAUGGAGGGAAAGAAGCCGUUUUGUAGUAGGGCCAAAAUCUGUUUUGCAGCAAUGAUAGCAGCAUGUGUACCCUAGAAUAUCUGGAAACAACUUAAGCACCCAAAGCAAUUAAUCUACAGUAGAGCAUAUUUUAAUUUUUUCUUUUUUUCGUUUGGCCUAGAUGCUAAUCCUAUGGGAGUGAAUGGAGGUGUUGGUGUUCAAGCCCAGAGUCUUCUACCUGAAUCAAUGUUGCAUCCAGCUAUGAAUUCUCAAAAGUAAGUUUAUUUUUAAUUGUAUAGAAAGCAACUUUUGGAAUAACACAUUGAGGAAAGAAUUCACAAAAGUGACAGAGCUACAAAAUAGUAACUUUGAACAAGAGGGAUUUUUACAAAAGGAAAAUAUUGUAUACCUUAAAAUUUUAUCUUUGACCUCUGAAUAAAGCUCUUUAUGAUAGAGAUGGCUUUUUUGUCUGCCUGAUCUAAAUCUGAGUUAGCAUAGAGAUACUCUGUCUUUUCUGCCAUAGGGCCUCCACAUUUACCUGAAAAACUUUUUUUGUAAAGGUUAUAGGUAAAGCAGUAGCUGCAUUGCUUUCAUAGUAGAUAUACAUGCGUCUCGUCACUGAAUUCUGUAGUGCUGCUACAUGCUCUUAGAUCGCCAGUUCUAUUUUGACUGGAAAGUGUUGGCAUUUAAAUGUUGUCAGUGAAGUAGUAUAGCACAUUCUACUAGUGAUACACAUGCUAUAUAGCACAUGUUUUGAACUAUGAUAUAUAAUAUGAAUAUAUAUCAUAUACUGGGCUAAAUAAUUCUGUUCCCCAAAAAGGUACAUGUUGUGAUUGGUAGAUAUUGUACAAAUUAAAGUUGGUUAUUGUGCAUAAUGUUGCUACUGCUCCUCAUUGCUUGGGACACAGGUCAAGUGAGGACACUGAAGCUUCAGCUCCUGACCACUGUAAAUUAUUGUUGGUUAAUAACAAGCACUCAGGACUUUCCAGAUGCAAGAAAUGGCAGCUAAUGUUCAAAAUUGUAUUUCUCCAUCUAUAAAGUGGAAAGUGAAUGAAUAUUGGAACUCACCUUAAUGUAGAGCCUUGCCUGAAAGAAGAGUGCAAUAUCAUCCAUAUGUAUUUUAGCACCAAUAGUGACUUGCUAUUCCUUGGCCCCAAGGUAUUAAGCCAUUAUUUAUUUACAGUUGUUUCUUUACAUAAAACAGUGUUUCAGAAGUUCAUAAGUGCGCGUGCGCGCGCGCGCACACACACACACAGAGAAAAGAAAUGUUUAUCCACCUAUGGCUGAGCAGGAAUCUGAGCAUGAGUAGGCCACUUUCAUAUACAAUUACUUGCGAUGUGUUUUCAUAUAAAGAAAGUCUCACUUAACGAGGUUUAUUGUGUCUUUGAUAAUCGCCUCUUUUUUUUUUUUUAAUAGUACCAUGAUGAAUGAAAAUGCCAAUGUUGCCAGUUUGGGAGCCAUGCCAACAGCAACACAUCCUUCUGGCAUUGGAAUUCGGAAACCAUGGCAUGAAGAUAUUACUCAGGACCUCAGAAAUCACCUUGUUCAUAAACUGUAAGUAUUGAUCACCAAAUCUUCUAGAUGAAAUAAUUGAAAUGGUGCAAUAAAAUUACUUAAACCUUCUAAAUGUAUCUGCUGCAUUCCUUCCAUAGGUGAUGGAUGUAACUAUUCACUUUGUUACCUCAUUAACUUUACAGUUACUGGUGUCCCUUGUAUGGGAGUUGUGGGAGACUGAGCAGGAGUCUAAAGAUCAGACAGAGUUAUUAAUGAAAGGAGAAAAUCAGCCUUAUGACCAAAGAUGGCAAUACUUCCGAUUUGCUGCCUAGCUCAUUUGGAAUCUCUACAUUGACCCAAAUGCCUAAAAGGGUGUUGUAGUUGGAAUUCAGAGGAAACAGCCAGUGGGGGCCAAGUAGUGUGAUCUGGUUCUAGCAUGUCAUCCGUGUUGUCCUGAGCUAGCUUUUUUUGUCAUUAGAGUUUAAUUUCUCAGUAAUUGUUUCCACACCCUGCUCCUGAAGACACAAGUCAUUUCCAGGGCUAAAUGGCAAUUCUGUGCAUGAUGUGAUGGGUGAGCAAACACACAGCAAUUGUAACUGUGCCCAAAUAAAUUAUCCUAGGUUACAAGCCAUUUUUCGGUACUUAGAACCUUUGCCACAUAAACUCCACCCCCCACCAAGGCAUCCAUAGGGUAAUUGAAAUGACUUCCAAUAAACCAAAGAGAGAUGAUCUUGAACAUGCCCAGAACAUUUUUCUAUACUGACUCAAUAAGGAAGAAGAAAUUAUUACUGGUUUCGACCAGGAGACAGACUCAUUGUGAUAGAUUUAUUUGGAAGAUUUUUAUUUAACAUCGCUGUUUUCCUCCAAAGUCGCAUACUUGGUGUAUUGUCCUCUAUCCAUCUCAGUUACAACAAUGACAGUGGCCUAGUUUGCAUGUCACAUUAAGCCAUAGUUAAACAGUGCUUUAAUAUGCUGAUGCACACCGCUCAAAACUUUCAUGUUGCUUCUCCCUUGCUUCUGCUGUGCUAAAGAUGAAGCAAAUCAGACUCUAGCUUGUCUGGAACAAACCUUGGUUUCAGUCCAUAGUCCGUUUGGACAAAAUGAUCCACAGGCUCGGGUUUGGCUGACAAGCCAGGUCGCUCUGGCUUAUUUUGUCCACAGUGUAACGUGAGUGUGUGUGGAAGGAGUGCCAUGAGAACUUUUGAGCAGCAUGUUUCUCUUUCACAUUAAAUUAUAAUUUGUUUUAAACUAUGGUUCAAUGUGAUACACACCAGGUUAGUGAGAAUUUGAAUUUACCUCCCCAGGCUAUAUGCAUUUUCCUUAUCACUGUUCCACUCAGGCUCUUAUGCAUCAACUAAUUGGAGUGCAAUAAGCUGGGGGAGACUUCAGGCUUUAACCGCCCCCCCAAAAAAACUAGAAGCUUAAGUUCUGCCAGCAAGAGCCAGAGGAACUAUUGGGUGGAUAUACUUAAAAUUCAGAAUCUCUUGAGGCUGAACACAUUAUCAGGCUAAUCACAAUUUUAGUACCAAAAAUUAGCUGACAACCCUUUCACAGAAAAAUCAAUUCCUGCUAACCCACUCCCUGCCCCCCAAGUUUUCUUUUGAGUACAGUAACCCAUUUUGCUACUGAUAAACUAUUUGGAGUCAAACCAUUGUGGAUCUUCAGCAAAUCAUCAAGAGAUCUACUUUAUGCCUACACAUGGAUUAAGGGGAAUGUAAUAAGUAGUCCAUGUAAUCUAGACCAGUUAUAGGCAAACUCAGCCCUCCAGAUGUUUUGGGACUACAACUCCCAUCAAAUCUAGCUAACAGGACCAGUAGUCAAGGAUGAUGGGAAUUGUAGUUCCAAAACAUCUGGAGGGCCGAGUUUGCCUAUGCCUGAUCUACACCAUUGCCAUUUCUUCAUGAUGGGGAAAAACAGUUGAAUUGAAAAGAAAAAGCCCAGGCUGUGUUUGCUAGCAUGCUUCAGGGGCUUGUUUAGUAGUGCUGUAGGUAACAGUGUUGCUCACACUGUUGAGUAAGGGACAGUUCUUAAUCAUAAUUCACAUAUUGCACUGAUUGGAUGAAGAUUGGUUUUGUUGUCUGUCUUCUGGCCCAGUCAAGACAUGUUCUAUUGAGACAAUAGAUGUUUCAGUGUGGCAAACUUUGGUUCUUAUUCAGACAUCAUAUUCAAAGAGCGUAUGAGUGGAAAGUAGCCUUUUGUUAGGAACGCCUGGACCUAGAACUGAGAACUUUUGGAUCUAUGCUCUGCUGCCCCUUGUGGUAAGACACUUCAUGUUGCAGAUUGAAAGGUUCAGAAGACUAUCAUUUCCUCUGAGGCUGUAGGGUGAUUCUACUGCAUCAGUCGCAUUCCCUGAAAUAACAAGGUUAUAAAAGCUUGUUUUGCCUUGAGAAACGGUUAUCAUGACUUUCUCUUUCUUCCUGCUGUACCAAGCUAUACUCUGCUGGAUUCUCUUCAAUUUCUUAUUCCAGGAUUUGUUCUGCCUGUGAGCUAGCAUCACAACAGCUAAUUUCAUAUUUGUACUGAACACCGAUUCCUAAUUAAGGCAUCUUAUGUUUUCUGGAUGUUGCAAGCUUUCAGUGAGUUGAAUUAGACAAUUUGUACCUCUUGGUCCAGUACAGCUACAGAAUUCCCAUCUAUGAUUGUUCUUGGCUUUUACCAGAAGUUGACAAAAAUUAAGAAUAACGUAAACUCUAGCUGUGGGCAUUAGAUUUUUGGAUCCAGAAGUUCAGGAGACAAAUAGUUGGUUCAAGGUUUCCCUCUAUAUUCUUGCAGAGUACAAGCCAUAUUUCCAACUCCUGACCCUGCAGCACUAAAAGAUAGGCGCAUGGCAAAUCUUGUUUCCUAUGCUCGGAAAGUAGAAGGCGACAUGUAUGAAUCAGCAAAUAGCAGGGUAAGUUAUUUUGUAAUUUUCUGGUAUCAAAGUAUUAAUUUAUAAAUUGAUUUGUCUUUUUGUCAUUUCUAUAAUAAUGUUGAUCAAAAGCCAGUCAUGUUCUUUUCCAUUGUAUGUAUAUAUAAUAAGUAUUUGGAAGGAAUGCUUCAGUAAUACUAAUGAAUCAUCAUUUGUAGCAAAUUCCAAUUUUCUCUGAAGCAAGUUCCAAGAAUUCAAACAUAUUCUAUUUUAGGAGUAGGAAACAUUUUAGGCUUUGCAAGCCAGAUCCCUAGUAGAUUCUAGCUUUGUGUCUACCCUCCUGUCAAUCACUGGAUGUCAGAAUGGCAUCAUUGCAAAGAGCCCUGCACAGUGCUUUAAAGUGUUUGAAGCUUUAGCUUUGUAGAGGCAAAGUCUGCUUUCCCUGCCAGGACACAGUCAGUGGCACCCUUUCAGGCUCAUAGUUGUGUAUCAACAGCUGCAUCUCUACCUACCCCACACCUGAUGUCAUAUAUGACAUACUUUGGGGGAAACUGCUUUGCAGGCCAAAUAUGAAACUGUGGUUUGGACUGUGGGCCAGAGGUUCCCCACUGCUGCUAUUUUCACCAAGAAACAAGCCAGAUUGGGGUGACAAAGCCCUGGUUCUGAGUAGUUCCUGCUAUACCUCAUAUAAAUAGGAUAGUAUUUAGCAAAUGUGAGGAAUGAAACCUGCUCUGACCAAGAAACUAGCCCCCAUUUCAGUAGUUCUCCUGGUUAUACUCCUUUGCUUUUGUCCAUUUACUCCAGUAAUGAAGUGCUGCAGUUGGGACAAUGUUGCCUUAUGGCCAAACCUGCCCACCAUGCCAGACAUUGGGUAUUUGCAUGCAAAGGGCAGACUCUGAGACCUUGUAUUCUGGGACCUAGUAGAGCGCUGUCUGUCAGUUGAAGCAGGAGGCAGAGGCUGAGUUCCAAAGCUACAAACAAAGAAUAUUAGCAAAAUAUCAUUCUGGUGUAGGCUCAUUCCAGUGAUGAGUUACUUGGAGUAAGGAGUAAACUUUUGAGGCUAGUAUUUUAAAGGGCCUGCUGACUAGAUACUUGUACUUGUGGUCAGCUGACUGAAUGCUCAGGCAACCUAGAACUGCAGCCUAGAUGAUGCCCUUGAAUUACGGAACACAAUCUGCCAGACUUGAAGUGUAAAUUGAACAGUUUUGCCAUAGGAAGUAAGGCACUGAAUCUUGAUUUCCUGGGCUUACAUGUACAAGACCACUCCCUGGUACUUCAAAGUAUCCUGGCCUCUACUGAUGGGGACCCCAGUCACAUUCUCCCCCCUCCCCCUUUCUAGGUCAGUACAGUAUGAAGGGCAACCUUCUAUGUGUGUAUACCAUCCAUCACAAGGAUCAGCAUUUUACUAGUAUGGAUUAAAAUGAAAUUCUAAUGAGAAUGUGGCCACUAUUUUCUGUGCAGGAAAAAAGAUUACAACUUAAUAUGGUGUAGCUGGAGGAUUCCUUCAGUCUCGGGCGGAUUGGAAAUAUACAUAUUGUAAGCUUUCCUUAUGUAUGCAUCUCAUAUACUUUUCUCAUUGCAGGCAGAGUACUACCACUUAUUAGCAGAGAAAAUUUAUAAGAUCCAGAAGGAACUGGAGGAAAAGAGGAGGACCAGGCUACAAAGGCAGAAUAUGAUACCAAAUGCCCCAGUCAUGCCACCAGCUCCUAUCAGUCAGGGGCCCAUGGGGCAGCCACAACCCGUGAUGACAGCAAGUAAGUGUUGUACCCUUACAAAGUUUGAUUUAACAAUAACAAUGAAUUUAACAACAUCAAUAGACAUUUGAAUCUAUUUGAUUCUUGGGCACUCAAGAAUUACAGGGGUGACAGUCAUCCUCCAGCUGGGUACAGAGGGAACUUAAUAACCCAUAUGAGCCUUCACCCCAUAUAGUUGUGUGAUUUGUUCAGAGCCCAGAAGUGCAUAGCGUGAAAACAUGGCAAAUUAGUUGUGUCUGUGUGAAAGGAGGCAUUGGGACAAGCAUGUGUGAAAACGGCUAACUCAUUAUCAGCAUUCUGAUAUAUCUCUAUAAUUGCAAUCAUUUGAUCAUUAAAACGAAUAGUUCUACACAAAUGACAUUACACCCUUUAAUCUCUCUUCAGUUAUAUAUAGUUCUGUUUAAGGUUUCCUUUGUUCUGCUUGUGAUACAUAAUCGUCAAUUUCAGGGAGGAUGCUUGGAGAACUGUGCAUGCUUUCACAUUCUGUUGAAAGUACCUUCAGAAUAAUGCCCUUCAUCCUGGCAUUUCAUUUCUAUAGAUACAUUUGGUUCUUGAAAAUAGAACUUGGUUGAUCAGCUGCUGAAUUUUAUAAAGAUAGUGCUGCUGUUAGGUUUUUAGCAUCCUAGAUGUAAAAGUUAAUAUUCCCCAAAUGCUGAAAUAUGUCCAAGAAUUUAAGAAUUAAAGUUCCCCUUACCCUAAACUGACUUUUUUUAAAAAUGAAAAUGUCUGAAUUCUUUAAUUUUGGUGUUCAACUACAUUACAGACGGUCCUCUUCCCGAUCCAUCUAUGAUUCGUGCCAAUGUGCCAAACCAGAUGGUGAAUCGAAUGCAGACACCAUCAGGUAAGAGUUCAGAAAAAGAGAGCUGAACAACUUGGCACUAUAGUAGGGACUUUUCAUUGUCUCUACCGCUUCCCAUGCCAGCUGCAGCAUGGUCCCCAACCUGACAGUGCUUCCACCCUAUUUGGCUCCCACUUCGGUGCUGCCAGGGCAUGCCACCACCAUCAGUUAUUCACCUUCCUCCAGAUAUGUUUCCUGCAUGGCAUGCUUUGGAAUGGGUGCUGAGCUAGUGCUUAGCAGCUGCCUGCCAAUGUAAAUUGCCCCAAAUGCUAUGCUUGACAUUGCCCAUCAUGCAGUGUCCAACAUCAUUCUAAAAUGUCAAGCCACCACAAGCAGAUCAGAGCUGAGCACUGAGUUGGCAUAGAUUCCAAAGUGCUGGCACAUGUUGGGUCAGUAUGUCCAGAUGUGAGAGGCCGACAGCAGCAUUGGGCAGGACAUGGCAGUGGAAUGGCAGGACACAGCAGCAGCAAUGUCAGUUGCCAAAAUCUUUCCACAUACUUUACAGUGUCUCUAAGAGCCACCAUUUUCUUUUUAUUGCAACAGGCCAUGUCCAUAUGUAAUCAUUUUCCCCAAGCUGUGUUUUCUUGAUUUUUCUGCAUUUCUGGUACAUUUUCCUCUCUUGAUUUGUUUCAGAAUGUCUGUGCCGUAAGUGUCUCUUUCCAGUGCCAUGAUAAAGUUCCUAUUUGCCUUUGCUUCCUGUCUCUAUUCAUUUUAACUUCAAGCUUCACACUCCCUUGUGUCUCCUUAUUCUCUUGCACACAGUCCUGAUACUGGUUUGUCCCUGACAUCUUCCUCCUCCUUUCUUGCCUAUUUAAAAGAUUCCCAUCCUUCUCUGAUUCUUACAAAUUUAACUUUUUGUGUGGCAUAGUAUAAAUAUUCUGAUGAACUCACCAAUCUUGUUUAAACAUGUAAACUUCCAGGAAUGAAUCAGUUUGGCCAGAUGACCAUGCAAAUGCAGUCAGUUGGACCCCGGCAAACUCCUCCCCUUCAGCACCCUGGACAGCUAAGCCAGACGGGGACCAUGAACCAGGUUGGUUGACUUUGCUUUCCAUUGUUGGCUGCUGUGCCCAAACUAUAUAGGUGCUGUUUGACUCAGGUCCUGUUCAGAGUAGACCUGUUGAAAUUAAGAGAUCUAACUUGGUCAUGUUUGUUAAUUUUGGUGGAUCUACCUUGAAUACCACCCUAUGUAUUUAAAUGUGUUGGUAGUCCACUCUCUAAAUAGGGAGUACUGUUCAUAUUUUAACCAGUUAUGUUAACUAAGUUAGACCUGCAACAUGCUUCAAAUAAUGAAUUUUAUUGGGCUACUGGGCUGAGAAUCCAGAGGCAGUACCAUUUAAGUCUCUGGCCAUGAUAGUCCCUGGCAACUUAUCUGAUAAGAGGGUAUCAAUAAAUUUGCUAUGUUAAUGUCUGGAAGUACUAUGUCAUUCUUAACAUUGACUAUUAGCUUGAUACAAUGUUUUAUUCAUUCAUAAUAAAUACUUUGUUACAGAUGGGAUUUUCCCCACGUAUGCAACAAGGGGUGUCACAACCUUCCAAUCAAAGUCAGUUCCUUCAGCAGACCCAGUAUCCUACAUUGUCUCCUGGAAUGAAUCCAACAAGCACGCCUAUGACUCAACCUGGCAAUCAGACUCCCACGUCUCAAGUAUGUUGAGAGAAGUUCUGUUGGCAGGCUCUUUGGAUGUGGAUUUGUUUGUGUGUGGUAGACCUGAAUGAAUGAUAAAAAGGGAGCAAAAUUAUUAAUACAAGCCAGUUACUGGCACUACUGAUUAUCUAGUGAGGACCAUCUUUCAGGCAAGCGUUCUUCGUACUUAUCCUUAAGUUCUCUGUGCACUGUCUUCCAUUUUACUCACAUUCUCAUUGGUUGGCAAGUAGUUCUACAGGAGUGCCACUGAGUGGAAGAAGGAGGAGGAUGGGCCAAAGCUCCAUCCAUUCUCCCAUGUGAACUGCCUGCAAGUCACACCACUCCCUCCACAUCCUUUUCUCCUUUGUGUUCCAAACUGAGGGAGCAGGAGCUGAUGGAGACUAGAUCUGCCCCUGGGACUUUCAGUUGUUGAUACCCAAAAUAGUUUAUUCAGAUACUGACAAUUCUUUUUUUCAACAGGCACAAAUGACCAGCUCUUCCUGUCCUGUGACUUCUCCAGUAGUGGCGCCAGGUUCUCAAGGGAGUCAUAUUCAUUGCCCUCCUAUUCCACAGUCUACUUUACAUCGAAACUCUCCUUCUCCAGUACCAAGUCGUACUCCCACACCUCACCAUACACCCCCAGGACUGGUAUCCCAGCAGCAGCAGCAGCAGCAGCAGCAACCAGCACCACCACAGGCAACAAUUGCGUCUGCUCCUGCCACUGUUCCUCAAGCGAUGCCACCUGGACCACCGUCACAAACUAUGCACCCCCCACAGAGGCAGACCCCAACACCUCCCCAGGCUCAGCUGACUCCGCAAGUGCAGCCUCCAGUUUCUGUUACCCCUUCUGCAGAGCAGCAGCUGCCACAGCAACCUCUUUCGCAACAGAGCACGACUGCAUCUGUGCCCACCCCUACAGCAGCACUGCAGCCUCAGCAUCCUACAACACCCGUAAGGAAGUUUAAGUUUUCUAGGGCUAUUAAGAGUGAAAGUCCAACCUUGGGCAAAAUCUUUUUAGGUUGUUAUAUACAGUAUCAAAGGCUAAAAGGUUUCUGCUGUCUCAAUAGCAUGCAUUGCAUGAAGGUAUAGAACAGUAUGCUUUACUUUGGAAUGCAUGCUGUCUUUUGUAUAGCAGAGUUUCAAAGAAUUAAUUCAGCUACAGAUGUCUGAUAAAAAUAUGUGUGUGUGAUUUCUGGGGAGGAAGGUGCAGAAAGUGGUAUAGCUAGACAUAAUUCCGUCGUGGGCUAGUGUUAAGAUAUUGGGAUUUUUUUGUGUAGCACCUCUUCUUAUUGAGAUGCACAUGGCAUAAGUUGCUUAAGAUACCAUCUAGCUUAGAAGCACAAAAUAAAGCAAAGAAUACAAUUGCUGCAAAACUGUGUAGCACUACUUAACAUGUAGCUUUACUAGUUUUGUUGCUUUCAUUCUGUAGCUUUCACAUCCAGGUGCAAACAUUGAUGGGCAAGUAUCAAACCCACCAUCCACCAACAGUGCAGAUGUGAACUCUCAACAGGCUGCUCCUGAACAGCAGCAGCAGCAGCCUUUGCCUGAAAUUAAAAUGGAGAUUAAAAUGGAAGAGGAGGAGUCAGAACAAACAGAUCUUCAAAUGGAGGAGAAGCCAGAGGUGAGAGUGUGGCAUGCACACUGGAUAUGCCUAGGAAUUCAUUCAUUUGAUCACAUCUGGAUCUUUUUCUUCCAAGAAGAACAGGAGGGAUACGGGAAAGGGGGGCUGCAAUAUAUCCACUCAACCCUAUGAAGUAGAUUAGGCUGAAAAGAGAGUAAGUGGCUCAAGGUCGCCCUGUAAAUGUCAUGGAUUUUAGCCCAGGUCUACCCAAAUUGGUACUUUAUCUACUAUACCAGUCUGACUUGCUGAUUAGGAAAGUCAAUGCACUAAUUUUUAAAACAUUUCAGCUUUGUUUUUUUGAUCCAGAUCUCCUGUCUCUGUAGUCUCUGAUGCAUGAUACAAGCGGGGUUAGAAGUUUUCUCUCAAGUGAUGACCAAGCAGUUUAAUUAGUAGCACUUGUGUGGGCAACAGUUUCUGGCCAGCUGGUCAGACCCAUCCUGUGGACCCAUCCUGUGGUCCAUUUUAACAGGUGGGUGGGGUCACCUGAUGUCUCAUUGACACACACUCUUUUUGGUGCAAAAACUCAUUGUGACAUCAGAUGACCCAGACUAAAAAAAAUGUUUUAUGGUUAUAGCGCAAGCCACACCUGCAGAGAACAAUAAUUUAUCUGUGGCUUCUUUUCAUGCUGGUGGUGAAAUAUUUGGCUUUCUGGAAGUGCUGAUCCCAGUGGCCUUGCUGUAAAUUCAUCUGCACUAUUAAUUUGACAGCACUUGUGUGUGUUGUGAAGCACUCUCGGGAUACUUUCCCUGCAUGUUCCGCCUGGCCUUUGGUUUGGACUCGGUCUGACCCUUAUGUUUCCCUCCCCUUAUGGUCUUGAUUUAUCAGCUAUUUUAAAAUGAGGCUGCAUUUAAAAUUUUAUUUUAACCUGUAUUUUAAAUUGGUUCCCCCCCCCCCUCUUUUUCCCCUAUUAUGUUUUUACUGUGGUUUUAUUGGUGUUAGCCGCCCUGAGCCCGGCUCUGGCCGGGGAGGGCGGGAUAUAAAUAAAAUUUAUUAUUGUUGUUGUUGUUAUUAUUAUUAUUAUUAUAUGUGGGGAAGUGUGUGUGUCUGUCUGUCUGUCUCUCUCUCUCUGCGGCCCCUUCGGCGCUUCUCUCCCGGGCAUUGGAGAACAAGAGAAAAGCAGAGAGGAAACAGACAGACAGACACAGACAGAGGACUCAGCGUGGGACUCAGGAAAACCCGGAGCUGGCUGACCGACCCAUUCACCAGGGAAGCUGGAGUUGCUCUGUUGGGUUGGGCUUUGGGUGGGCAGGAAGGAGAACUGAGGCUCAUUGGCUUCGCAGCGUGCAGGCAGCAAGGUCUCCUGUUGUGAGGUGUCUUCAAGGAGCAGCUUGCCUCCACCCCUUCACUUCCAGCCCCUCUUCAUGACAUUCACUCCUUCUGCGCCUCGCCCGCCCUCUCACUGGCUCUCCCUCUUCCCCACCCGGUCCGCGCCCUCCAGCACAGGCGAAAGAGAGUUCAAAAAAAGGAGGAGGGAAAGGCAGGGAAAUCAGGCUUAUGCAAAAGCCAGGCAGAAGCAUCCUGAUGUGGCACAUUGCAAAGCUGCCCCCUCUCCCGUGUGUGUGUUUUGCUUCGCGCAAGCGUGGCCCAGCGUAGCUCUCCCCUCCUUGGCGUCGGAGGGCAGGCUCCUCCACCCCCACCCUGCUCUGCAUCAUGGAUCUUGAAAACAGCAGCACAGCCCAAGCCUGCUGUUUGUCCUCAAGGGUAAGAGACAGACCCUUCUGUUUAUCGAUGGCUAGCUGAGCUGUCGCUCCCCGCCAAAAUAAAAUAUAAAAAUCCAAACCUGCUUCAGAUCCAAACCCACACCACCACAACCCUCUGUCUCCAUGCUUCCUUACCCAGCGCCCUGUCUGUUUUAAAUUGCAGCGUGGGGGUGGGGCUGGUUGGCCGGCACACAACUCUCCCUGACACUGCUGAGGGCAGUGCGCGUCUUAGGGAGCGUUUCCCACCCGCAUUGGCAUGGGGGGAGCGGCUGUCCCUUUGCCAACCCCUAGCAAUGGCCCUGCUAGGGCUAUGGCGCACGUGCCAUCAGAGAGGGCUCUGAGUGCCCACUCUGGCAUGCAUGCCAUAGGUUCGCCGCCACUGUAAUGGAGUACAUACAGUGUCACCCAGCUGCUUUCUUCAUUAUUAUUCUUGAAGGUGUGAUCAUUUGUUAUUAUUGUUAUUAUUAUUAUUUGUUCUUUGCUCAUAAACGUCUUCCUGCUUUUCCAGGUUAAGGUAGAAUCCAUGUCUGAGGAAUGCAAAUCUGAAUCAACAGAGCAAGAAGAGAAAAAACCAGAAGUGAAGCAAGAAGUGAAGGAAGAGGAGGAAAGACCUAGUACUCCAGGUACUCAGUCUUCACCAGCUUCAGGACAGUCAAAGAGGAAAAGUAAGUUUAUUGUUUCUUUUCAGCUACUUAGAGAACCUGUGUAGUUUUCUUAAGUUUGAGACUUGAACUUCACACGUUAACAUUUUGGUAAUAGGACAUCCAUAGAAGGAUGUGCCUUAUCUAACGAAACACUGGUUAGGAGGCAGGCCUAUGAAAUUUAACUAUUAGCCAAACUUUACAUUUACUGUGCACAUUAGUUCUUGAGUAAAAUAUUUUUAAUUCCUACUGUUGUUCCGUAUCAGAUUCCUGUUCUGACUAUUGUAAAUUAGUCAAUGCCUAACACUUCACCAUUGGAUGAGUGGGGAAACUGGAAAUGAAGCAUUGUCUUGAUGUUAAUCAGAUUUCUAAUUUUCUUGGUUAAUUUAAUGUUAUGUGUCUCCUUUCACAAGUUUUCAAGCCAGAAGAGUUGAGGCAGGCACUUAUGCCAACUUUGGAGGCACUUUACCGUCAGGACCCAGAGUCCCUUCCCUUCCGACAGCCUGUGGAUCCCCAACUACUAGGAAUUCCUGUAAGUGUAUUGAAAAGAAACAUUUAUCUCAAUGCAUAACCACUUUUCCAGGGCUUUGGUGUGUAACAACAAAAUCUUGUAGCUCCAUCUUUUUCCUUUUUCUUUUUUUCAGAUUAGUCUCCUUCAGAGCAAAGUUGUCUUCUGUAUUGGGCAUUUUUAAAUUUGUCUGACUGAAAGCAAAUUUCUUACCCAUUACUUUCUGAGAUGGGGCUUCAGGCUUUUGUAGAUGAGAUAAGCAAAGACAUUCCAGGUCAGCAUCCAAGGGUUCAGAAUUCUUAUUUAUUUAUUUUUCAGGAUUACUUUGAUAUAGUAAAGAACCCCAUGGAUCUUUCUACAAUCAAGAGGAAGCUUGACACAGGACAGUACCAGGAGCCCUGGCAGUAUGUCGAUGAUAUUUGGCUCAUGUUCAACAAUGCCUGGCUUUACAACCGCAAAACAUCUAGAGUAUAUAAGUACUGUUCCAAGCUGGCAGAGGUGUUUGAGCAGGAAAUUGAUCCAGUUAUGCAGAGCCUUGGCUAUUGUUGUGGACGAAAGGUAAGGAGAGUCAUCUUCAGCUGAAUUUCAGGAAAUUACUCAAACACUUCAAUGUUUAAUUUUAAGGAUCCCUUAAGUCUGUUUUGAAUGCUAAUAUAGAAAUCAAGUAUGGUGAACUAUUUUAGGAUUGUCUUAAAUUGUGUUCCGUACUUACUCCAGAGUCUUAAUGUUCAUCAUUAAAUACAACAUUCAGUUGUUUUCCUACUGCAUGUAAGCAAUAAAGCAGAUGGUCCUCCAAGGCUAAGAAGUUUAUUGUUCCUAGUCUACCCCUACAUGUAGUUGUGUACAAAAUAUUUUGAUGGCAAGGUUUUCUUUGGAGUAAACAGCAUUCCGAAUGGAUAAAACUACUGCCGAUUAAAUCUUAUGUUGUACAGGAAUCGUCAUUAGCACCGCAAAAUUUGUAGGUUGUGCUCUGAUUCCAGGAGCUUGGGGUGGGGCGGACAGUGUUGAUAUUGAACUACCACCACUGAAUCUAUAAUACUUCAUGAAUACUUAUAAACAAAAACCUGAGGUUUCUGUGCAAUCCCAGGUAUGGGCUUUCUGCCACUUCAGGACAGUGUCUGGAACCUUCUAGAGCUUAUCCAUUAGGAAAAUUUGGAGCCCAGCCUGCCCUCUGGAGAUAGUGUACAUGCCGUCAUUGGGUGGGAUCUGUGCAGUCGCUGCUUUUGGGUUACCAAUGUUUUAGCAGCUUUUGAAACUUUGCUUUAAAAUGUCUUAUUUCUUGGAUACCUUUAAGCAACCUGCGUUCCUCUCUCUUUUCAGUUGGAGUUUUCACCACAGACUUUAUGUUGCUAUGGCAAACAGUUAUGCACAAUCCCACGAGAUGCUACAUAUUACAGUUACCAAAACAGGUAAGAAAAUGCUUGGGUACAGCAUUGCACCUGCUGUGAAAAAUUAUAUUAGAUAUAGGCAGGCAUGCACUUAUAUUUGUAGCAUACUCAGCAGAUUACUUCCCAUGCAAGCCAAGUGCCUCGUUGCAUCAAUUGACUUUUACUUCCUGUUUCAGAAAUUAGGAUGUUAAUAUAAACUCUCCAUAUGCUUUAGAUAAGUUCAAAGCUUUUGCAAGUAAAACCAUCAUUUUUUCCUCUGUAUGAAACAGUGCACAGAAAAGCAUGCAUGUUUGCAUCUUGAGUUCACUGCAUCUAACAUUCAGUCUUGUCCUAAGGGAGACAUAUUUCCUGUUUUAGAUCACAGUUAUUUCAACCAAAGCUGUAGUUGUAAAGCUGUGUUUUGUUUAAGCCGCGUGAAAAGCAGGGUGCCUGCAAGGUCAGGGAGGGGCUGACUUCACUCUGCCAUGGCCUCUUACAGUCUCUGUCAGCUAGAAUUUCUAUGGUAGUAGCGCUCCUGUGUGUGUGCUUGGGAUCUCUUAACUAUUGAGGCAUAACUGUCAAGUGUUCCUGAGUAUGUACUCUUGUUUAAGAAGCUAAAUCUUGCACCGCAUCAGACCAAGAUCUACCUGGUCCAGCAUCUUUUAUGGGAAUUUCAGUAAACCAGCAACUUCUCUGUACUCCAUUGGAUCUGCAGCCUUCAGUUUGUUCUCGAUAGCUCUUUUCUGAAGUGGAAAUUAACUGAGGAGUGAACUCUGGAGUUGUUUGAUUAAAUAAGCAUCACCGUGCAUCUUAAUUUUACCACCUGCAUGAUGAUGGCAGUCUUUCUGAAGACUUGCUUUCUGUGAUAGCACGGUUCUAUGUUCUGCUUUGGGGUCGGAAAACAUCUGAUAGGAAAAACUGUGUUUGGAGCUCUUUAAGGGAGGAAGCAAAACUGAGAACACAACUUUUUCACGUUUUUUGGCAGGCGUAUUGCUGCAAAUCAUGCUUUGGGUGGGUUGCUGAAGUAGAUAACUAGUUCUUUAACAAAUCUAAAGCUAAGCUUUCAUUUAUUUCUAUAACUUUACAGCUUCAUGCCAUAAGUCAUUUUUAUCACAAAUGCCCACUUGAGUAAAGAAAUCAUCAUAUGUAUACAUAUGAGCUGGGAUCCAAAGAACUGCUGUAGGUGUGUACAUGGGCUAGGGCAUUGCUACUGGAUUUUUUUACCUUUAAUCAUCAGACUGUCAUGCCAUAUCACAGCUUUUGAAAUUAAGAGGAGUUUCAAAAUCAAUGUGGAAUGGAAGGUUGCUGUCCAAAACAUGCAAGGCAAAGCCCCCCCACCCAGCAGAUAACACUAAGUGGUUCUUUGGACACUGGUCUUUUGAAUGUCCAAAUCAAUGUUUGUCAUUGUAUCAGUGUAAUAAAUAAACUAACCUGUUAUAGAUAGGAAACAUAGGUGGUGAAGAAGUGAUCCGUUCCUUAGCAAUUACAUUUCCUCUAAUGUUGGUUUUGCUUUGCUUUAUAAUACUGUCACAGUUUUGUUUUUUGUUUUUGUUUCUUUUUGUUGUAUGUUUGCACUCAAAUUAACUUGCUUAGCAAUGGAAAGGCUGCAGUUUCUGUGCGCUCUUGAGGGUAAAAAAACAUCUUGAGUAAAGCAUUCAACAUUAAUUUAGAUGAAGAUGAAAUCCUUUUAAUAUGUCAAUUAUACAUCAAUUUGGAGGCAUGGAACAUCAGUACGUCACAUAUUAAGAACAUACAUAUGCAUGGCUGAUUGUCAGAUGCCUUAAAGCACCUGUCAUUUUGGCAGAUCAUGAACAAUUGCAUAGAAAUUGUUUUGGGGAUGGUUACUGCUGCUUUAAACAGAUGUUGCAAACAAAAAAUGCUUUGAGGGGAAGGACUGGCCUGUCAACAUUUGAGCAUUCUCAAGAUGGAUUGUUUUCACCCCUUUCCAGCCCUCUCCUGGCAGAUGUUCUUGUGAAAAGAGUUGCUACCCUGAUGCAGAUGUCAGAGCAGCAAUUGCUCUUACCCUUUCUUCAUUUUGAUUCUCUGCUUUAUUGUAGCAUUGAUUAUUGAAAUGAGGAGGGCAUGGGCAUACUAAAAUGGAAUACUCUUUUUAUUUGCUAUAAUUUGCUGCUUGUGAUCCCAUUUGAGAGAUUUAAUGCUAAUCUGUGCUUUGCCUUGGCUUUCUGCUUUGUGUUGUCCUGUCUUGCUUCUGUGUUUUUGUUUUUCGUCCUGCAAAUCCCUAUUUCUUUGUUCGUGUGUGUGUGUUGUUUUUUUAUUUCUCCUUCAUGCUUGUCGUUGUCUGCACUUGGCUUUGAUUGCAAAAAAACCAACCCAAACAAAAAAACAAAACCAAACACAAACUCUGGGUCCCAUAAAUCUUCAUCAUUGAAUGUCCCUGUCGCCGUUGAUGACCUGCUCUCUGCUCCCGCCCCCCUCCUUGGCCUGCUGUGAUUGGUGGCUCCGUUGCUUGGCUUGGGCUGUGUUGUGUGGACGGAACAGUUCACCCAAAUAUGGCCUUCUUGCCGACAGGUAUCAUUUCUGUGAGAAGUGCUUCAAUGAAAUCCAAGGAGAGAGCGUUUCUUUGGGGGACGACCCAUCACAGCCUCAAACGUGAGUAGCUAUCUCCUUUCUAAUUAUUUUUAAAUUUCUUACAACAUUUAUCAUAGCAUUAGUCAAUCUCAUACUCUAAAUACUAUUAAACAAUUUACAUCAAAUUUAUGGUAAAAUUCCUUAUUUAAUGCUGAGGCCUUGUGCAAUUAUGGGAGGAACAGAGGACAGGAAUAUUAUUUGAAAACAAGACAAACCUUAUGUUUCAGAAUGAGCUUUAGCUUUUAAAACACAUUCAUAUUUUGGUGAGAAUAUGAAAAACCACUUUUGAAAAGUAGAAGCAUUCUUCCAGUUUAUAUGCUAGAUUAUUUUAAAGACCUAAUGUUUAAGAAUUCCAGUCCCACCUGAGCCUGCAAAAUUUUUUGUUGCUUCUGCUUGUAGAAAAGAGACUUCACAGCUUGCUUUAACUUUUAACUAUUUUGUGCAUGUGCAUACACACAUACGCACCAUGACUACCUUUAACCUGUUGAGCAGGAGAUCCAGUAAGGAAUUGUUCAGGCAGGUACCUAACUGAAAGCAGGCCUAAAUUUGAAAACACGGGUGACAGAUUUUCCUGCUCAAAAUAGGGUUAUGUUGGAGCAGAGUGUUCAUAGGAAUUGUUUGCUGGAGGUUGCAACCAUGUUCUGACACUUAGAAUAUUUAUGUGCCUUUACAUAUUGGCCAUAUUUGAACGCCACAUCCUCUUCUCCUUAGGCACAGCUACAAGGAUGAGAUGAGAACUGCAUGUUGUCCGAACCCUAAACUGUGACUAACCUUAACUAUGGCUUGCAACAACUCAACUUCAAACCAUGUGUUAUGAAGCGUGCUUGUUUCAAACAACCCAUAGUUAAUGCUAGCCACAGUUUAAGUUAAGUUCAGAUGACAUGAUGUUGCGGUUAAUCUAAACCAGAAGUGGAACCAUUGGAACUCUCAGGAGGGGAGUGCACAAGCUCAAGGCUUGUUGUGGCUCACUCUUGUCAUGCUGAUGUGUGACUUGUCGUGAAAUCUGGACUGGGUCAAUGUGUAAGGCUCCCUUGCUUCAACUUCAAUAUUUGUAAUGUUGUUCUGAUAGUUCCAUAAUAUGUGAAAUAGAUUACUUAAUUGCAGUAAGUGGGGGACUUUUGCCUGAUGGAUUCUGGUUAUAUGUGAAAAUAUAUAAACAGGGAAGGUUUUAGAAGCAGGAAAGAGCCUGAUGCCGAGGAUUAAACAAGAAGCGCCUGGAAGGAGACUUAGCUAAAUACUUAGUCUUCAGUCAUGUCCACCACUAAUUUAACCUACAGGAGAAAAUAUGUAGUAGAUUUUUGGAGAAUAAGUGCCUAAAAUGUUUUUAAAUACACUUUUAAUGAUAAAAUACAUUGGAUCUCAAGAGACAAAAUUUUAAGUCUGGUUGGAUUCUGAGGCAGCAAAUGUCUUCCAGAAAAGGAAAGUUUCCUAACCUUCAAAAAGUGAAAGGGAGCUAGCCAGGAAAAGCUUCUCUAGGCAACAAUUUCAUAACUGGAACAUCACCACCAAGAACAUCCUAGAUGUCCAGAUUUUUCCUCUAGUCCAAGAGCACUCUUUGAAAUCUGAGAAACUGUUGUAGGCACUACAAACUAUCCUUUCAUAUCCAGGCCAAGUUCAAGGCGUUACUAUUGAUAUAUUAAUACAAAGCCCUCAACAGCUUGGGAUCCAUUUACUUGUGAGAUCACCUUACGUCAUUGUAUGCACAUUUGAUCUUUGAACAUUUUAAAAUACCUAUUUUAACUUUGUUUUGUUGAUAUUACAUUAACAUUAUAUCUUGUAAACCACUUAGAGGUUUAUUACAAUCAAGCAGUAUAUAAACUUUGUUAAAUAAACAUCACAGAAGGUUAACAUGUAAUGCACACACAUACCAAAGCUGGCAGAAUACCUCUCCGCCACCAAAAAUAAAAAUAAAAAAUUGCCACUCCCCUGCCCUUCCCCAAACUUGCCAUUUAUUCAUUUUGUAUACUGCCCUUCAUCCACAGAUCUCGGGGCAGUUAGUUCACAACAUUAAAUUACAAUAUAAAAACCAAAAAAUACAUAGUAAAAAAGAACAACAACAACUUAUAGUGAAGGGAUUUGAGAAGUGGGGUCCCUAAGAAUUUGGGUUAGUACUGGUGCUUUUUAAUUUGUUCAUAAAUCACCUGAAAUUAAGCACGAGCAGUAUAUUAGCCAGUUUUACUGAUGAUACUGAAUUGUUAGGGUGGUAAAACCAAAAGAGUAUUGUGAGGAGCUCCAAAAGAAUCCAAACUGGAUGAAUGGGCAUUAAAAUAGCAAAUGCUGUUCAGUGUAAGCAAGUAUGAAGUAAUGUGCAACAGGGAAAAGCAUCCUAACUUCACAUAUAUGCUUAUAGAGUCUAACCUGAUGGUUACUCAUCAGGAAUGAAAAAAGUUGUCAUUGGUAGCACAGUGAAAAUGUUGACUUAUUGUGUGGCAGCUGUGCAAAAGGCAAAUUCCAUGUUUGGGAUCUUUGGUAAAGAGACUGGGGAAAACUCUCUAAAUAUCACAAUGCAAUUAUAUAUAUUUGUAGAGUGACCACAAAAAGGGGGGGCAGGGGGUCUUGGCUUGUACCAAGGUGGGUGCCUGGGGGCAAUGUGAUGCUUUCAGGUGUCACACUGGGGACCCCAGUCUAUAUCUUACAGCUGCUGUCCAUACCUCUUUGAGAGGAUACAGUAAUAGCACCACCUCCCAAAAUUUCAGUUCCAUAUGGGGUACCUAUGGUAUUCCUUCAUGUUAUGAGGGCCCAGAUCAGUUAAGGCCUUAAAAGCGGAAACCAGAAAUUUGAGUUGUGGUUGGAAACAAACCAGUAAUCAAAGUGUAGCAUAAUUCUUAUGGCCAGCAAAAGUCUGCUACAUUCUGGAUCAACUUCUGAAAAAAAUUCUAAAGCAGCUUUAUAGACUGCACACUGCAGUAGUUCAGUGGUAGAAGUUACAAAAGCAUGUGCUACAACAGUUAACAAUAAUUUCCUAACCUAAUUUAAUUAGUUUGAUAUUGUUCUAAAAGGGUGCUUUUCAACAAAGCCUCUCUGGAAUGGCUUACCAUAGUAGAAAAGAAUGAAAUAGCCAGCAACAUUGUGAUAAGCAAAAUCAUGUAUCUGAUGAAAUGGGCUCUGGUCCAUGAAAGCACAUGCCAUAAUAAAAUGUGUUGGUCUUUAACAUGCCACAAGACUGUUAAUUUUGCUGUAACAGACUAACAUGGCUACUACCUGUCUGGUAACAAUAAACCCAAGAAAGCAGCAAGGGGGGGGAAAUAUGACAGUCACUAAAAUAAUAGAUCAGACUGCAGCAGCAAUUUGAUUAAAAGCCUUGGUAAAAAGGAAAUUGAGCUGAAUCAAGGUAGAAGUAACUGCCAUAUUUAUGUCUAGAGAGACUAUUCAAAGACAAAGCACCAUCACUGAAUAGAUGCUCUCACUAAAAGAGUUGAGGGCACCUGGAAAAGGGUGUUGGAAGGUGGACUGGUGCAUAUAACAAAAGUUGGUCCUUCUUAAGUACUCUAGUGUCAAGCUGUUCAGGGCUUUAAGGGUAUAAAAAUGACACUUUGCAUUGAACUUGGAAAUGUUGGUUAACUUUGUAGAACUAUUAAUACUGCAGAGGUGCUGAAACUAGUGUGUCCUGCUUAACAGUUUAUCGGUUGUGUUUGGAACCAGAUGAAGUUUCUUAACCAGUUUUAAAGGCAACCCCAUAUACAACAUAUAACAGUAGUCAAACUCUGAAAUUUCCAGAGGGUGGAAAACUAUGUCUAGGCUAUCAUAGUAAAAGCAAGUAUUACAGCUGAGAGAAGAUAAGGAGGUCUCACUAACCCAAAAGCUAGUCAUAAGUUGUAUAUUAAUAAAUGUCAGUCUUUAAAGAUGAUGUGUUUUAUAAAAUGGGGUUUCAUGAUACGUCAAACUGUAGAAUGUGUUUAAAUAGUACGUUCUGUACUUCCUAGUAGCCUCUUUGUGCUUGUCUGCUCCCCAAUCUGUGAUGGAGGGUUGAAUUUGGAUGGUUAGAAGCUGCAUGGUGACUGCAUGGUUCCUGUACCUAGUGAGGAAGAAAUUAUCUGUAGCUUCUGAUGACAGUGCUAAGCCCUAAGACUUUCUGGAUUUUUAAGCAUUUGCAGAGGGGGAGGAGUGCUUAAGUGUGUGGUCACAGGUUAUGAAUGGCAACUCCGGUGUCUUAAAAGCUUUUAAGUAGCCACUACAUUGCCCUAGAUAUUUGAAUUCACCUGUAGUUUUCCUUCCUCUCAAAAUUUUUAAUUCUUAAGAAGCAGAAUGCAUAUGGAGUCCUAUUGGGCUAUGUAGCAGGGUUUCCUGUAGGUGCUAGGAAGAUUUUUUAUUAUUAUUAUGAGCAGCUACUUAUUUUUGUUACAACUGUGAUUAUCAAUUUUUCUCCUCAGCACAAUAAAUAAAGACCAGUUUUCUAAAAGGAAAAAUGAUACACUGGACCCUGAACAGUAAGUCAUGCUUGAGCAGCUCAAAUCACUUGUCAUUUUAAAAAUGAAAGUUUUUUUCACCAUUUAUUCAUUUAUUUAUUUUUGCAGGGGGGUGGGAGGGGUGAGUGGAAGGCUUUAGCAUUAUUCUCUUAGUUUAUCACCUGCAAUAUUGAUGAUGUGUUGUACCUUAAGAAAGCAAAUAUUUGCCUGCCUAAGUAUAGCCACAUAAUCUGAGUUUGGGGUAGAAAAGCCUUUGAUUACUUUAGUCAAUAUUACAAAUUUAUAUUGAAUAUAUUUGUUCUGAAGUAUAAAAAAUUGACUUCACUUUUUCAAAAGCCUCCCAAUCCUCUUUGUAAACAUUUAACUGUGCUUUGUCAUGUACCUAGUUCUGCCUUCAGACUUAGAUGUACAGGAAUCUUAGUUGCUGUGAAUUCUUUUAGUAGUGGAAUGUAAGAAAAGAGAAGCUAUAUAAUGCAUAACUAAAAUCAAUGUAGACCAUAUGGGGAGUAGUGGUUUGCAUUUGGGCAUAGUACACUAGACUGUUGCUGAGAAAAGAUACAUGUACAGCAGAUCAACAGGUUUGAAAUUGUACAGUUCUGAAUAUUUUGUACUUGGGCUACAUAAUCUUCAGUUCCAACACAUUUUUUCUAAAUCAGUUAUCUUCAACAACUUCCUGUGUUGCUUAUACUUUGAUUCUCUCUUCCAGGUUUGUUGAAUGUAUAGAAUGUGGAAGAAAAAUGCAUCAGAUUUGUGUGCUUCACAAUGAGACAAUCUGGCCAUCUGGGUGGGUUGCUUCCUGCUUUUUCUUUCCUUUUUUCUUACAAAGAUGGUAAUUUGUUGAUGAUGUACCUCUUGUGUACAAUUAAAAAUGACAAAAUGACUACAGUUCUAUCUGAAAAGAGUGCUGGUGAUCUAAUUAAAAACAGCAACCAUGCUAGCUUAAAAUUGUUUUUCUAAAAUGCUUGCCAUUAAGUUACUAUUUUCAAGUCAGUUGAUAAACUUGCCCUCUUAAUAGACAUUUGUUAACAUACUCCUAUGUAAUAUCAAUGCUGCCUUUAGAGGGACUUUCUACAACUCAGAUCCCAGAAAGCUUGAUUUUCUAGUUCCAAUAACCUUACUACUGCUGCCACAGAUCACAUAAUAAUAAUAAUAAUAAUAAUAAUAAUAAUAAUAAUAAUAAUAAUAAUAAUUUAUUAUUUAUACCCCGCCCAUCUGGCUGGGUUUCCCCAGCCACUCUGGGCGGCUUCCAAAGGAAUAUUAAAAUACUGUGAUACAUCAAACAUUAAAAGCUCCCCUAAACAGGGCUGCCUUCAGAUGUCUUCUAAAAGUCUGGUAGUUGUUGUUCUCUUUGACAUCUGGUGGGAGGGCGUUCCACAGGGAGGGCGCCACUACCGAGAAGGCCCUCUGCCUGGUUCCCUGUAACUUGGCUUCUCGCAGUGAGGGAACCGCCAGAAGGCCCUCGGUGCUGGACCUCAGUGUCCGGGUAGAACGAUGGGGGUGGAGACGCUCCUUCAGGUAUACUGGACCCAGGCCAUCCAGUACAGAGAGCAUCAUUUAUAUGGUCCAUGAUGCAGUAUUUCAGAAGGCAGGCCAACAUUCUCCACAGCAUCCUCCAUUCUGUCCAUCUGGUAUAUUGUCCUAGUUGGGAUUUAUGCUCUCCUUUGAAGAAAGUGCUGUAGGGAAACUGCUGAAGUGGUAGUAUAGUGUACAUUAAUCACUGGAUCAGCUUAAAAUUAGUGCUCAUCUUAAACCGGAAAAGGGAAUUUAAUUGAUAAAACAUACUUUUGGCAAUAAGACCUUUCAGUGAUUUCCUAAUUUAUUGUUGAUACAUACUAAAACAUUGAUCAAAUCCAAUAUGCUAUCCUUUUUUUAAAAAAGAAAUAAUGGUUGAAAUAAAUACUGGGUAUCAGGAUGUUAGAAAAUAUCAAAGGAAUAUUUUUGUGGAGAUUAUUCACCUUUUUGUUAAGAAUAUAUUUUGAAUUUCUUUUUUCCCCAUUUCUAUUUCAGCUUUGUUUGUGAUGGUUGCCUAAAGAAAACUGGGCGAACCCGGAGAGAAAAUAAAUUUUGUGCUCGAAGUAAGUGAAGAUACUCCUUGUCUUCCUCACCCUUUGGUUGCUUUAUUUUAAAGCAUUUUAAUCCUGUCUUUCCUUCAAGAUGGCUAACAACAACAUUAAAAAUCAAUACAAUAGAGAAUUUCAAGUACAACAAAAAUAAAAUAGCAAGUUAAAAUAACAGUCCCAAUUGCCCACUUAUAACUUUUUAACAAAAUUAAAACUCUAAAGUCCAAGAGCCUUCAUAAAAAGAAGAGUUACCCUUGGCAGGGAGUUCCAGAGGCUGGACACAGAACCUGAAAAGGUCUCAUGGACCCAACAAGAUGCAUUUCAGGGGUCAGAGCAUCCACUUGAUGCUCACUUACCAAUUAGGAAAUAAAUCUUACUAAUUUCAGAAGAUCCUGUAGCUAAGUGAUACGUUGAGAACUGUUGUUAUUACAUUCUGUUUUUUUUCACUGAGCCACAGAAAUUAACUUGAGGUAGUCUAUUGACCAGAUCAGUUCCAUUUGGGUACUGACAAUAUUCCUCUAUCAGGAACAUGAUCCUAACGUUACUCCACCUUUAAGGUGGAAUUUUGAAUCUUUGGUCAUUUUUAUAAUAAGAAAUUAGGCAAGUAUAGAAGUCCUUGCCUAUCAGUAACCGCCUGGUAACUUGCGCUGACAAGGUGCAAUUAGGAGGCCCAGAUCUCUGCACAUCCUUGAAAUAUGGAAGACAUUAACUUGCAGCCAAACACUUGGAGUUUUCCCCAUUAUCCUAAAAUGGAAACCAAGCCACUAUAUGAGCCUGAUACUUAAAGUCUCAACAUCUGUUUGCUUUCCCCCCAUAAUUAAAGCUUCCUGGAUUUAUUGGGAUCAUUGCUUGAGAAUUAGGGUGGGGGUGGGGAUGUUGUAUUGUGCAUGCUAUUUGAUUUCCAGUUUCUUUCCUAAUCAUUCCCAAUACUGUUUGCCUUUUUUCUAUGCUGCUGCAUGCAGUGUUUUUAGUGAGCUAUACACAGAUAACUUUUUCCUAAGUAGUCCGUUCAGGAACAACCUUGCUAGUAUGGUGGACAGUUUAAGAUGCUGGAGAUGGAUCUUAAAAGAGCUCUAGUGCCCUGCUAGGGACAUCAUGACAAGCAUAUGGUCAAAAAGUACUGGAAUCAUGUUUCUAGAUGAAUUCCAUUUUCUUCAUUUAGGCGAUAUAUAUGCCUGAUGCUAUCCUCUUUUCUUGGGGAGAACAUUAUGCAGAUGUUAAUUACUAGCUUUAUUGAAAACUGUUAGCAGGUUAGUUCAGUUCUACAUCAUUCAGUUGGUAGAUUAAUAGGCAGAAGUUGUAGAUUAACAUCAAGGGCAAAAGCAUGCAAAUUUUAAUCAGUGGGUCUCAAGGUAAAGCUAUACCUAUUUAUAUUGGGCGAUUUUGGUGUUGAUGUUUACUGUAAUAGUAUACUGAGAGUUAUUUGUUUUAUACAGGGUUACCAGCCACAAGACUUGGUACAUUCUUAGAGAACAGAGUGAAUGAGUUCCUGAGAAGACAGAAUCACCCUGAAUCAGGCGAAGUCAUAGUUAGGGUGGUUCAUACUUCAGAGAAAACUGUAGAGGUAAAGCCAGGGAUGAAAGCAAGGUAUGUUUUUCCUCAAGUCUUUGAGUUUCCUUAUGAAUCCUCUAGUUGCACAGUUACUAUGUGUGUUAAAGCAAUGCAUAAUAUAUCAUUUUCGUAAUCAAAGAGCACUUGGCAAUAUCUUUGCCAUCAAUCGUAUCUCACAUUUAUGAGUUUCAAACUGUUAUUUCUAUGACUUUCCCAUUAUAACAGGUUUUUUUUUAAGUAAGGUGAAUUAAUUCAAAAAUGUUGAUCAUAGGGAUUAAAUAGAGUAUUGGCUUUUCAUAAUUUAUAGCUAAAAAAUAAAGUUUAAGGAGUAAAACAUAAUAUUUCAGUAGGCUGUAGAUACCCUGAACUGCUAAGUUUUCAUUUGCAGGCUAAGGUGGUCAGAUCUCUUCUAAUGUUAAGAUAUUUCCUCGCUUCCCCACACUCCCCAUGGAAUGUCAUAAUGUGAAGUGUUUUUAAUGCUGCUAUUAUAGUAUGAAUGAUUAUAACAAUUAGGACAUUCACUGUUGGUUGCAUAUCUUGUUACUUAGAUUUCAUACAAUGAAUUGUAAGGGUGAGGAGAAAAGGUAUGUGGGAAAUGUUGGGAAAGACUAGGAAAUGAAGGGUAGUAAAUUAAUCACAUUAAGGAGACUGAACAGGCAUCUCUUAUUGUUAAAUUCUUAUCGGAGAUGGCUCUAAUUCUCUCCAUAGUUACGGGUGUGCUCAUUUAGGUUUUGUGUAGUUUAUUAAUUGGACACGCGGUUAUGCUAUCAAGACACUUAAAGCUGUUUUCAUCAUUAAGGUUAAACUACAACAGAACAAGGCAGUUAAAACAAAUCCAUUAUAAAAUAAAUAGCAGUAGUUACUAAUUUUUAUUUUGGGUACAAUAUCUGCAUUUUUGAAACUGUACCACAUGACUAGAAUUUAUGUUAUCUUCAUUCUGUCGUGCUUGUCUUCAAAGAAUGCCUUUAAAUUAUGCCUUUACAUUUUGCAGGUUUGUAGAUAGUGGAGAGAUGGCAGAACAGUUCCCUUAUCGAACAAAAGCCCUCUUUGCUUUUGAGGAGAUUGAUGGUGUCGAUUUGUGCUUUUUUGGAAUGCAUGUUCAGGAGUAUGGAUCAGAUUGCCCUCAACCCAAUCAGAGGUAAAGAACUACACUGAUGAAGUUUUAUUAUUUUGAUGGUAGUUAUGUUUGGAAUGUUGCUAGAUAUGCCAUUUUGAAGGUAUAAGAGAGGUUGAAUUAUUUGCCCCAAAGAAAACUGCAAGAUUCGUUGUAAAUGUCUACAGUUACCCUCUACUCCUUUUCCAUCUCUGACUUUCCUUUCUGAUGGUUGAUGGUUUUGAUGGUUCAUAGAAGCAGCUGGAGUGUUUUUAUCUUCAAGGUUUUAUGGUUUUUGGCUAGCUUUGCUAGCCAAGCCAAAAAUUGUGGUUGCCAGGUUCGCUCUUCCCACCCUGUCCCAUCCCCUCGUGGCCUGAUGGAGGCAAUCGCCUCCACUCAGCAGCAAAAGAAGUCCCGUGGGAAAGGCAGGCCAGGACCAUUCUGGCUUCACCAGUGCUUAACAAAGGAGCUCAAAGUAAUGGCCAAAGACUGCCCCCCUUCUAUGGGGGAGAGGGAGUGUCACCAUUGAGCAGCCACUGAAGAAGCCCUCAAAGCAGAUCGGUGUUGGUUUUGAGCCCGUAUGUUCAAAGUGGGGGCUUGGAGCAAUGAAGAUGCUAACCAACCCACACCUUCUUCCUAACCUUAGAACUGGGGAGAGGGCAGGGAUCAUCAAAAUGCUUCCAGGGGACAAUCUCCACCCAUCUUUGGAGCAUCAGAGUUGGGCAGAAGACUCCCCAUGGCACUCCCCAUGGCAAGCAUAAUUGUUGAAGCUUGUUUAUCUUUUAUAUGUAAUAAUAAUAGUAAUAGUAGUAGUAAUAAUAAUAAUAAUAAUGUUUUCCCCUUAAAUUCAGUAUUUUCUACAGAAUUAAAUGAAUAAGCUCAUCUGCUCAUAUUGGUCUUCUACUUGGGGAUGGAUUGUUAAACUGUUGCAAGAAUUGUUGGGAGAUGUAUCCUGAGACUAUUGUGCCAGCCACAUAAUGUGCCCAUAUCUCUUGAAUGGGGGAAAGUAGCCUAUGAGUGACCUAUUUAUAGAGGUCAAGUAAUGCCUAAAGUUUUAAUGCAAGCUAAGUACUCAGUAUUUGAGAGGUGUUAAUACUUCUUAGAAGUGGCACCAUGUAAACCAGUACUACAUUUUUUUCUCCUGACCUUAUUUCUAUUUAUUAUGCUGCAUUGUUAAUGAGACUAUAUAUGUUUAUUACUGUAAUAGACUCGCCUUACAAAACACUUGAGGACAUCCAACGUCUGAGGCUUGCAUGCCAGAGAGAGAUCUAGCCCAACAAGUUUGCAGGACUAGUUUAAAUAUCAACUGUGACUUGAUACUAUAAGUACAAACCUUCAAGGAGCUUUUGGUUUGCAUGUGCACUUUUUGCCCUCCAUUGCACAGGACAGUUCCCUUUCUGGUCUGAGGCAAGUCAGAGUUAGUUGUUUUGUCUGAACUGUCAAACUAUGGUUAGUACUUCACCUGCGAGCCAGUGUUGGAAACAAAAGUUUGAUCCCGUUUUCUGGCCAAAGACAAAUCCUAGUUUUCCAGUUCACAUAAAAUCACAGCAUGCAAGCCUAAAGCUUCUUGAAGGUUCAUUCUAGUAGCACCAAACCAAGGUUUGACAUUGUGACUGAACCUUCCUGACAUUAAUUUCUUCCAGAGAUGAGUGCUGUAAAAUAAAAUAUAAAACAAGGGCCCCCAACCUUUGGAGUUUUAAGGCCACCUUUGGAGAUCUAAAACUGUCAUGGGCACCCCGAGAUAUCAGUUUCAGAGAAGAAGAAAAUAGUGAUGCUCAGAAUACCCCCCAACAGACAAAACACCUAUACAUCUCUGAUAACAAAUAUCAGAUUAAAAAAGCAGUUAACAUACCCUCUAAAAUAGGCAACCUUCCCCAGAACAAAUACAAGACAAGCAAGCCCCCCAAAAGCUCAUUUAAAGAAAUAUUAGAACUGAAGGGCAAGGGAUAUUGGUGGCCACUAAGGGGGUGUCUGAGGACACCAGGGUGCCCACAGGUGCCAUGUUGGUGACCCAAAGUAUAGAAUAUUACAUGGCAAAUAGAGAAAAAGUUUGGGCAGGGAAAUGGCAAUAUAAUUGAGAUAGCUAUGUAAAGAAAAAAAAUGUGAAGGAAGACGAAUUACUCAAGUGUUGAAAGUACCUUAAUUCAAACACUUAGUAAUGGGGGAAAAAUGGAAUGGUGAGGUAUUUGAAUAAUGUUUCUGAUUAUGGCCUGGAUUUAUGAAUGUUCUCUGUUCUUUAUCUAGGAGAGUAUACAUAUCUUACCUUGACAGUGUUCACUUCUUCCGCCCCAAAUGCCUGAGGACUGCUGUAUAUCAUGAAAUCCUAAUAGGAUACCUCGAAUACGUUAAAAAGUUGGGGUAAGCUUUCUGUUCUUCUGCAAUAAACUCCAUACUAUCCCAAAUGAUUGAAAAUGAUAGAUCUUCAGAAGUAAAUUUGUGGGUAUAGAUGUGCCCACAAUUAGUAAUUAACCUUAAUGAGGAAGAAUAUACAGUUAGGUUGCUUGUGGCAACCGUACCGUACAUUUUGAGUCCCUUCAAUGUAUGGGCAGAAGUCAGUAUAUAGAGAAGUUCCAGCUUGACAAGUCUGAUCUGGGUGUUUUUAAAGGAGAACAAUUCCUGCAAUGCUGACUUACAAAAAUAAAGAUAGUCUUAAAUGUUGUUGUCUUUUAUUGUAUUGAUCAGUGAUGUGACAGUCUCUUGUAAUUGCUGUCAAAUAACCCACCUAUGGUGUAAAACUUUUUUUCCGUCUCUACCUUUUUCCUGAAUUAUUUUCUUUAAUGUCUCUUUUUUAAAGUUUGUAUAUCUGAGGGCAGAGCCUUUGUCUCAUUUAAUGUAGUGAUAGUCACCAGCACUGAGUAGAAAUUUUGAUGCAGGAGAUAAUUUGUCUGGGGGAGGGGGGUAGAGAGAAAAGAAACCAGGGUGGAUUGAUUGAAAAUAAAUAAAACCAGCAUGAUGUGAGAGGUCUCAUUUAACUAGAUUAACCUGAAUUAAUUUAACCAAAUUGUAGACAAAACUAAGUAAAUAACAAAGUGAAAUAAGCGAGAGGAAGUGGGGUGGAUUUGAAGAAAAUGUAGAAUAAUUAGUGAUAUGCUUAUAAAAAGAGGUCCCACAAAUAUCCCUGUUGUUGUGAAAAAGGUGUCUGAUUAUACAAAUUUUGAAAUCUAAGCAAAGGGACAGUUUAAGAUCUGUAUCAAUGGGGUUUCAUUGUUUCUCUCUGGUUUUUUUUAAAUCAUCAUUGCUACAUAAUUCUUGCCUGGGUAAAGUAACCCUUUUCUCUACUUAAAUGUUCUUUGCUAUCAAAUGAAGCAGAUAGAAGUUGGCUACCCAAAAUAAACUGUCACAGAUAUAUAAGCUGCUGACCGCCACAUAUUGGUUGUUGAGAAGAUAAGCUGUAGAAGACUGAGUAAAGGGUGUAUUCUGCCAUUAAAUUGUGACUAUAAUGUUAGAAAUGGGCUCACAAGCAAAAGCUAAAGUAGAAAUUGGCUGAUAAAGCAGCAGGAAAUAUUGGUCAAGUUGCUUCAAGGGGAAGAAGCAUAGGCAGUAGAUUCUGAACAACUUGACUUCAGGACCUAGCAUUUCCUUGAGCACCCCAGAAUCUCCUCCCAUCUGGGGGAGUCGUAAGUGUUGAAAAGGAGUGGUGGUGGCAGUGAUUAUCAGAUAGUUUAGGUGCAGCUGGUCUGCCUUACAAGGCUGUUGUGCAGCAGUUGCACAAGGAAUUAUAGAUAAAUGGAAGGGAUAAAGAACUACCCAGCAUCUGGUUGGGGAGGGUAUAUAGGGCAAAAUAGUUUAGAAAGAAUGGUGAGCAUUCUAAAUCUGACCUAUUUAUCCAUCCCCAAAGAAAAGGAGCCUAAAUUCAAUAAGACAAUAUUAAUAAAACCAUUAAAAACUCAGAUUUCUCCCAGUUUUGCAAGUAUUAUUGAGCAUAGCCUGUAACUGUUUUCAAACAGAGAUUGGGUGGGUAGAGUUGGAAAAUAAGCUCUUUCCAUUGGCUACUGCAUCAGGCUUCUCAAUCCCUUAGAAUAGUUUAAAGGUAUAUGAAUCAGUUCUGUUUCUGAAGGGAAGCAGUUUUGGGUAUGACCAGUUAACCUGGAUGGGGAGGUCAUCUGCAUCAUUUAUACAUUGCUCCUUGGAUGCAAUAUUUCUAGGCUGACCUUGGCUCUGCUUGGAUGUUGUAAAAGAAACUCUUGCUCCUGAAAAGAUGGAUAAAUGAAGUGGGCAACAGGGUGAAACACUAUAAUGAAUAACAGAACUAAUGGUAUUGACUUUUUCCUUUAAUUCCUAUUAGGUAUACAACGGGACAUAUAUGGGCCUGCCCACCUAGUGAAGGUGAUGAUUAUAUUUUCCAUUGCCAUCCUCCUGACCAAAAGAUACCCAAACCCAAACGACUGCAAGAGUGGUACAAAAAGAUGCUGGAUAAAUCUGUGUCAGAGCGCAUAGUGCAUGAUUACAAGGUUGGUUGUGAAUUAGUUUAAAUAUCACCUUUAGUUCUUGCACCUUAUGUAUACUGGAACAGGAAUUUAUUUUGAGAAAAAUGUCGAAAUGUUUUUGAGAAUAUUGCUUAGCUAACAGUACUUAAAAGGUAAUGUCCGAGAAGCAUUUGGAUCUUACGAAGCAUUUCACGUUUGGUGGAUAGAAAAAAACUUGCACCAUAAACAACAGCACUAUUUUUUAAAAAUAAGCCUAGAAGAAAAACAACUUUGAAGAAUUAAAGUGUCCCAGAGUGGUUGGGGCAACCUAGUCAGAUGGGCAGGGUACGAAUUAUUAUUAUUAUUAUUAUUAUUAUUAAUGUUCAAGAGAGACUAGGAGGCCUUCUGCAUGAGAAUUUCUGCUUUUGCUCCCGUCAUCAAUGUGUUGUGUACUGAGAAACAUUUUGUGUUGCAGGAUAUUUUUAAGCAGGCAACAGAAGACCGUCUGACAAGUGCAAAAGAGCUGCCUUACUUUGAAGGGGACUUCUGGCCUAAUGUUUUAGAAGAGAGCAUUAAGGAGCUAGAGCAAGAGGAAGAGGAGCGAAAGAGAGAAGAGAACACUAGCAAUGAGAGCACUGAUGUAAGGAAGUCAUGUUUUCCCAACAAAUGUCAUUCAUCACUUUAUUUCCUAAAAUCUACAACUGGCAUAUUGAACUGGACCCAGGAUCCAGGAAUCCUCUCUAGAAUUAUUUAUUAAUUUCUAAUAGGUUUGUUGGUGGAAAGGAACAAGGAACCAACCCACAACAUUUUGUUUUCAUUCAGGAAUUACUCCUUAAAAUUGCCUGAAGAACAUUCUAGCUGCCAUAGUUUUUGCCUCUUGUGUGGAUAAGAUCAAGAUAUGAAUAUGUGCCUUACCUGGCUUAAGUUGCCACCUUUGCUUUUGGGACUGAUGGAUAAUUGAUGUGUUGUAAUGACUUCUUGGUGGUUGCUUGUUUACUCUUGGGAACCAAAUGUGUCUUGCCAUUUUCAAAUUAGACUCAAUUCUCCAUUCACAUUGCAGGUCAGCAAAGGAGAUAGCAAAAACGCCAAAAAGAAAAAUAAUAAGAAGACCAGUAAAAAUAAGAGCAGCUUGAGUCGUGGUAAUAAAAAGAAACCUGGAAUGCCUAAUGUCUCCAAUGACCUUUCCCAGAAACUGUAUGCCACUAUGGAAAAGCAUAAGGAGGUAAGAACAAUAUUUAAAGUAUCUGAAUGGCUGCAGCAUCUAAGUGCAAGUGAAAUAUAUCCUUGGACUGUAAAAGUAGGGGGUUUAUUACUUCCAUGUUGACUGAGGGAACUUCAUGACCAAAUAAUAAUCUUCUUUUCAUUUGCCACACAAGUUAGACGCAUGGUUAAUUUAAUCCAGUGGUGUGAGGCUUCUGAGGGAAUGUAUUGAAAUGAGCAGCAGACUGCACACAUACAUGCUCUGUGGAACAUUGUGGAAAUUAGUUGCAUACAUGUUUCUAUUUGUGUUAAAAAGGUUUUUUUAAAUCUUAUUUCUCCUGGGUAUUUAGAUAAUAUACAAAAACAAAAUCUUUUCUUAUCUAAUAAACCUGUAUAGCUAUUUUAAGGUCUGUAUUGUAAAUUGGAAAGUUGAGCUUUUUUGCCAAAUUCUAAGGCACAAUGAAGCAUAAGGCAUACUGUAAACCUAUGAGCAUGUUAUCAAACACAUGUGAGAGUAAGGGAAAACUGUGAAAGAAAACAAGUCCUUUUUUCCUAGAAAAAUAGGUACCAGUACUCACCAUGAAGUUGUUACAGUAAGUGCCACACUUUUUAACAACAACAAUAGAGGUGCUGGUACUGCAUACCCUUGAGGACCCCCUGGAAAAAAAACACUGAAGAAAAUGCUCAAUUGGGGCAUGCAAUCAGGCUGAGGUUGCAUUGUGGCCAAGUGAUUGCGGGUUGACUUUGUUGUGGUCAAUGAAGUUAAACAUACAGAUUGGAGCAUUAUAAACCAAAUAAUCUGAAUUUGAUUUGUAUAACACAAAGUAUUAUAACUAGGUGUUUUACUAUUUCAGGUAUCUUUUAGGGCAGGGGUGAGAAACAUUCUGGCCCAGAGAGCCAAAUUGUUAUCUCUCCAACCCCUUGUAGGCCAAAUUUGACAGCUAGUUGUCCCCUAACUUCUUACUCUCGAUGCUGCUGGGCCUGGCCCCUGAUAUGUACAGCAGGGUGGGGCCCAGAGACAUUGAGAAUAAGGUUGAUGGCACUUGUUGCCUAAUGCCCAGCUCUUUUCUCAACAACGCUGGGCCAAGGAAGUACAGGGGGGCUAGAAUUGUGCUGCUGCUGGUGGUGGUGGUGCCAUCCUGCAGUAAACUUGACAAAAUUCGGAGCAGUUGUGGCUUGUUCCUGAUGUUCGGAGCAUGUUGACUACUUCAGACUCCACAAUGAGACUGAAAGACAGAGAACAGAAGGCAUUGUAUAGUUAAGGGUGAUGAAUCAAACCUCUUGGAAUAAAGCCUAAAAUCCAUUACUCUUUUUUUCAGGUAUUCUUUGUGAUCCGUCUCAUUGCUGGUCCUCAAGCCAAUUCCCUGCCUCCCAUCAUUGAACCUGACCCACUCAUUCCGUGCGACUUAAUGGAUGGGCGUGAUGCCUUCCUCACCCUUGCUAGAGACAAACACCUUGAGUUUUCCUCACUACGAAGGGCAAUGUGGUCAACCAUGUGCAUGCUGGUAGAACUGCAUACUCAGAGCCAGGAUCGUUUUGUUUAUACCUGCAACGAGUGCAAACACCACGUGGAAACAAGGUGGCACUGCACAGUCUGUGAGGUAUGUCUCGCCACUGGUGAAAUAAUUUGUUAUACAAAUAUUCAGAGGUUUAUAUCAUGAAGAGGUUUUUGGAACUGAAGUGGAGGGUUUCAUUAGUGUUGUCUACUGUAAUAUUAGGUUUUAUCUUAGGACGUUUUAAAAGUUCCUUGCUAUCCUACUCCAGUGUCUUGAUAUUUAUGUUGAAGCGUAUAGCUUACGCUUCCAUUUUAACAUGGCUCUGCUUCAGAGUAAAGAGCUUUCUUAGGAUAUUACAGCCAAAAAAAGUGAUGGAAAUGUACUCUCCUUAAGGCCCUUUUUGUUAGGGUCCCUGUUUGCCUGAGGCAGGGAUCAUCAGCCAUUUUGGAACAAUGGACACAUUUCAAUUUUUGAGAGGGUUGUGUGUACCAGUGACAAAAUGGCAGCCAUGGGGGCAUGUCAUAACACAAUAUUAGAGAAAGUACAGUAAUUGUGACAUUUUCUAUAAUUAUAUUUCCUGAUGAAUUUCUGCCUACCAUAAAGCUAUUAAAGGCACAACAGUACUCCCUCCCCCCUUUUUCAACCCUAGACCAAAGCCUAGGCUGCCAUCCUAUACCAGCUUACCUGGGAGUAAAGCCCACUAAACACAAAGGGACUCAAACUUCUGACUCUGCCAUUCUUAGUAGGUGCUUGUUCUUUAGCUCCUGCAAAGCAGAAGACAUGCUUAAGCCACUUUGCAAAGAUUUCAGAUUUUCCUUUUGGAGACAGGGGCAUUCUUCAACAUCCACCCACAUUCGUUGUGUAGUAGUAUUUGAGAAAAUAACUUCUAGGGAUUACCUGAUCUCAGAUGAAUUCACCAUAGGAAAGAUGCAUUAUGGUUUCUAGGGAAAAAGAAAUGGCAAAUUACAGAGAUUCCAAGGACUACUAGAAAAUAAGCAUGAAGAGUGCUCUGAGGGAGAGGGGAAACAACAGCUCUUCAGAACCCAAGUAGUUCUUGUUACCUAACUUACUAAUCACAGCUGGCUUCACUUAUUGGCUAAAAAAUAAAAACAUUGACAGGUGGCAGAAGUCAGGCUGACUAUUCACAGAAAUUGCUUAGCAACAUAUCUGCACUUUUUCCUCGGUAACUUUCUAGGCUGCCUAGAGAUUUCUCUCUCAGAAUUUAGGACCUUUUUAUGGGGCUACCAGUCACUGGGUUGGUGACUCCUGACCUGUUUCAAGUCUGCAUCUGUCUGAUAUGGGAGAAACCUUUCACUUUUGUUGCUCACCAUAUCAGUCUUGCUGUUCUUCCCCUGAGAACUGACACUUGAGCCACUUUGGCUGAUAGUCAUUGCAUAGUUUUCAGUGAAUGCUUGUUUAUGCCUUUCCAAGUUUCAUGAUUUUUUUUUUUCUUGGACAAGUCAUCAUUAGCAUUUUGAGAUUGCAUUGUUAAUUAAGAUUAUCUUUUAUCAGCUAUUUAAAUUUUUAGAGAUGUGUGCCUCUGUCAGGGAAUAAGGCCAGUUAUCUGACUGAUCAUUUCUGUUUUUAGGAUUAUGACUUAUGUAUCACCUGCUAUAACUCUAAAAACCAUGAGCACAAGAUGGAGAAACUGGGCCUUGGUAUCGACGAUGAAAGCAACAACCAACAGACAGCCACUACGCAGAGUCCUGGUGAUUCACGUCGCCUGAGCAUCCAGCGCUGCAUCCAGUCUUUGGUCCAUGCCUGCCAGUGCCGCAACGCCAACUGCUCAUUGCCGUCUUGUCAGAAGAUGAAGAGGGUCGUCCAGCACACCAAAGGUUGCAAGCGCAAAACCAAUGGAGGGUGCCCCAUUUGUAAGCAGCUCAUUGCUCUUUGCUGCUACCAUGCUAAGCACUGCCAGGAGAACAAGUGCCCAGUGCCCUUUUGCCUCAACAUCAAACACAAGCUUCGUCAGCAGCAGCUUCAGCACCGCCUGCAGCAGGCCCAGAUGCUCCGGAGGAGGGUGGCAAGCAUGCAGAGGACCGGCAUAGUAGGCCAGCAGCAAGGGUUGCCCUCGCCAACACCAGCCACACCAACAACUCCGACAGGCCAGCAGCCACCAACUCCUCAGACCCCACAGCCGCAGCCUCCACCCCAGCAUGCCUCGCAGCCACAACCCGUACCUCCCAAUAACAUGCCUCCAUAUAGCAUGUCAAGAACUCAGCCUCCUGGUGCUGUCUCCCAAGGCAAGGCAGGUGGCCAGGUAACUCCUCCAACAACUCCUCAGGCUACUCAGCCACCUAUGCCGGGGCCCCCUGCAGCUGCCGUGGAAAUAGCCAUGCAGAUCCAGCGAGUAGCUGACCACCAGCGGCAGAUGGCCCAUCCAAUUUUCCAGAGGCCAAUUCAACACCAGAUGCCCCAGAUGAAUCAAAUACAGCCUAUGAGUGUAACACCACCUCAGAUGGCCAGAGGUCCCGGGGGCCAUAUAGAUCAAGGGAUGGGACCAUCAGGAAUUCAGCAGCAGCCCGCAUGGGCCCAGGGAGGCUUGCCUCAACCUCAGCAGCUGCAGCCAGGAAUGCAGAGACCAAUGAUGUCAAUGGGCCAGGCUGGGCAGCAGAUGAGUAUGUCACCGCAGCAGCCAGGAAUGGGUCAGGUCCCUGGCGCUGCUCCGUCAAAGCAAAGCUCUGUGCCCCAGGCAGCCUUACAAAACCUGCUGCGGACUCUCAGGUCCCCCAGCUCUCCCAUGCAGCAGCAGCAGGUGCUUAACAUCCUGCACUCCAACCCUCAGCUGUUAGCUGCUUUCAUCAAGCAGAGGGCUGCCAAGUAUGUUGGGAACCAGAAUCCACAGGGCAUGCCGGGACAGCCCGGAAUGCCUCAAGGGCAACCAGGGAUGCAGCAGCAGGCCAUGCCAGGACAGCAAGGUGUGCAUCCCAAUCAAGGCAUGCAAAAUAUGAAUCCGAUGCAAGCAGGCGUCCAGAGGCCCAGCAUGCCCCAGCAGUCGCCACCCCAGCAGCCACCACCCCAGCAGGCCAUGGGCGGGAUGAAUCCUCAGGCACAGCAAAUGAAUAUGAAUCCUGCAGCAACCAUGUCUCCCCAGUUUCGGGAAAUCCUAAUGAGACGGCAGCUCAUGGAGCAGCAGCGUCAGGGAGCAGGACCAGGGCUGGGGCCUGGCAUGGCCAACCAUAAUCAGUUCCAACAGCCCCAGGGAGUUGGGUACCCUCAGCAGCAGCAGCAGCAGCAGCAGCAACAGCGGAUGCAGCAUCACAUGCAGCAAAUGCAACAAGGGAAUAUGGGACAAAUGAGCCAGCUUCCACAAGCGAUGAGUGCAGAGACGGGAUCCAGUUUGCAGCAAGUUUACCAGCAGAGGUUACUUCAGCAGCAGAUGGGAUCACCAGCUCAGCCCAAUCCUAUGAGUCCUCAACAGCACAUGCUCCCUAGCCAGGCCCAGUCCCCACACUUACAAGGCCAGCAGAUUCCGUCAUCGCUCACCAAUCAAGUGCGUUCUCCACAGCCUGUCCCUUCACCACGUCCCCAGUCCCAGCCACCCCACUCCAGUCCGUCCCCUAGGAUGCAGCCACAACCUUCUCCACAUCACGUCUCCCCGCAGACCAGCUCCCCUCAUCCAGGACUGGUAGCUGCCCAGGCUAACCCCAUGGAUCAAGGGCACUUUGCCAGCCCGGACCAGAGUGCAAUGCUUUCUCAGCUUGCUAGCAAUCCAGGCAUGGCAGGCCUCCAUGGUGCAAGUGCCACAGAACUGGGACUCGGCUCAGAUAAUUCAGACUUGAAUUCAAACCUUUCACAGAGUACACUAGACAUACACUAAGACACACUGUAGCAUUUUGGGAGCAAAAAAAACUUAUUUUCUCAAGACUUUUUGUACUGAAGACAAUUUUUUUUGAAUCUUUCUUAGCAGAACAUUUUUCCCUGGAAUACAUCUGAACUCUGCAGCAGUAGUUUGUGGUUUUAAAAAUGAGAAACCAACAAAAUGAACCUGAGGGACAAUAGAAUACAAAGAAAAUAUAUUUUUGUUAUGGCUGGGGUCAUAACCAGUCCUUUUACUUGUUUUUGUUUUCCCUUCGCGUGCGUUGGGGAGGUGCUUGGGAGGGGAUAGUUAUUUGGCUGCUGACCAAAUGGCUUCCUUCUCUAGCCUCCAAUAGGUUUUAUUUUUUUUUUAAAUUAAUGAAAAUAUGUAAUAUUGAUAGUUAUAAUUUACUGAGGCAGAUGGUUAACUUUUUUCCCUAUUCUGGUUUUUCUCAUGCCUACUGCAAAAAAGAAAAAAAGAAAAACAGAAAAAACAGAACAUUUCCUAAAACUGGAGGACAAAAAGGGUGAAUGUUGCUUUAAAAUACAGUGCAUAUAUAUAAAUAUAUAAAAAUAUAUAUUAAAGAUAAAUACCAAUUUUUCCUCUUUGGUUGGAAAGAUGUCAAUUCUUUUAAAAACUGUAAAAAUUAUUAAGUAACCCAGUCUCCCUCCUGAAGUCUACUUUUGUCCUCCAAGAAUUUUCUAUACCAGAGUCUGAGCUUAAACUUCAAGUAUUAAAAUUUGUACAUGUAGAGAGAAGACAACUUUUUGCAAAUACACGGGGCAGCUGCCAAAUGGAUGUAGUAUAUAUAUUGUGGUUUUGUUUUCUUGAAAGAAUUUUUUUCGUUAUUUUUACAUCUAACAAAGGAAAAAAUAAAGAGGGUAAGAAACUAUUCCAAGGGUAUAAUUUUAACCUGAGAGUAAAUCCCUGGGGUUUCUUCUUUAUGCUUGCUUUCUCUAUCCCUCCCCUCCCAUUUCCUCCUCUUCCAUUUUCUGUAAAACUUGAAAAUAGAAAGCAAAAAACCCUCAAAUGUUGUAAAUCAUGCAAUUAAAGUUGAUUACUUAUAAAUAUGAACUUUCGAUCACUGUAUAGACUGUUAAUUGAUUUCUUAUUACCUAUUGUUAAAUAAACUGUGUGAGACAGACUGA